AUGUCUGAAAAGUACUCCUUCCCCAGAUGGCUAUUGCUAAGAAACAGCACAUCGUCGAUUAUUGAAGACCUUUCCCUGCCCUUAGUCCCCUUCGAGGACUGCAGCUCAACCCGCAACUACGCUGCAACCAUCAUUCCCCCAUUCUACCAUACCCUCUCACUGCUCGGUAUCUUUGGAAACAUCUGUAGCCUGGUGAUCUGCCUCAAACCAUCUCGACCUUGGAGUAUCGGCUCCAUCGGAGUACUGAACCUAGCUCUGUGUGACCUAGCCUACCUGGCCUCCAUACCGCCCAGGGCUAUCUAUGUAAGUGAGAACUAUGACUGGAGCAUGGGCAGUUCACUGUGCAUCCUGAGUAACGUACUCCACUUUGUAGGUCUGACCUCCAGCACCAUGUUUAUCUGUGCUGUCAGCACCGACCGCUUCCUGGCUAUUGUCUUCCCACUCGAGACCCGGAUGGUCCGCACCCCCCGCAACGCUGCCCUGGUCUCCCUGCUCCUAUGGGCCAUUACAUGCCUGCUCAUUUACCUCAGCUAUCCUAACAUCAACUACAGGGUGCAGAAGAGCGGCAACCGCUACUGUGGAACUGUGGUAACCUCAAAGUUCAGGUCCAGUGCAAUCACCUAUAAUCUGUUGUCCUACUACUCUGUGCAGGUAUCUGUUCCCUUGCUCCUCAUCAUCCCUUCCUAUGUGAAGAUUAUAGCCAGGAUGAGGCAGUCACGGCAGCAGUGGGCUGCAGGCAACAUGCAGGACAAGACCAUCUGGCUGAUUGCAGUUUUCAUAGCCAAUUUCUUUGUGUGCUGGGUACCAGGGCAGUUGCUCCAUAUAAUAGCUUGCAUCAUCUUCUUCACCCUAUAUGACCACACUAAUACGUGUAUGGUGGCCAAUGUGGUGAACCUUCUAGUGGAGUCCUCCCAGUUACUCUACUGCCUCAAUGCUAUUCUGGAUCCCUUUAUUUUCCACAUCCAAGAGGGGCUUUGGGAGCUGGUCAGUAAAGCACUAGAGUCUGUUGGUUGUGGAGUCUGUUGGUGGAGGAAUUAUGCAUGUAGUGGAAUGAAACAUUUUGGAGGACCCCCUUCAGUCAGUGUAGUCCAACUGAGCUGAGAUGAAAUUUGCUUUUAGAUGCAUUUCGUCUGCUGUUUGAGAGAUUCCGAGAAAAUGUAGGCAAUGAUGCAUGCAUUUAGCCUGGUUGCCAGUCGCUAUUACAUUCCAGACGGGGCUUUCUUCUAAUAUGAAUAUUUGAACAUCUGUUUUUUUUCAAUCAUUUAUUUGUUUUGGUAACAUUUUUACAAGUAUGUGGUACAUUUUCACAACUCUUAAUACAAAACUCAAACAGGCAGUUUUUAAACAUCAAGCACAUUUUCAUUUUCAAAAUCAGUCACUUUUUCAUCAAACUUAAUCAGUUUCAUCAAGAAAUACAUGUUUCAAAUUGCAAUACAUGUUCAUAUAAAGUACUUGCCUUUCACAAUGCAAUGCUCGCAUUACUUUUGAUAUGAUUGUCUUUUCAUUUGUUAAAAUACCUUUCUCUUACUUAAUCCAACUGCUCUUAAUAGAUAAUCACUUUGUCUACUAUAUACAGAUUUUGAGAAUAAUAGAAUGGAAAUGUAAAGUAUGAUUUAUAUAUAUGACAGCUUUGCACACUCUUGGCAUUCUCUCAACCAGCUUCAUGAGGUAGUCACCUGGAAUGCAUUUCAAUUCCAGAUAGCGCUAACCCUUUGGCACAUGACACAGAGUACAAGGAGUAGAACGAAAGUUAGUCCGACUGGUACCAAGACUAGCAUGCAUUCGUGUCUGGGAAACAUUAAAUAUAUUGUCAAUGUCACUUCCCACACAAAGCCAUGUUUGUUAAAUUGAGGUCUAAGUAAUGUAAAAAGUUAACUAAAACACUUAAGUUAUGUGUUUGUCAGUGUAAUGCCUGUAAAUGAAAAGGUAAAUAAAAGGUUAGAAAAUAAAAUAUUCGAAAAUUGUUUUACAAUGUGACUAGAAUUCUCUGUGUUUACAUUUAAAUUACUAAAACGCUCCAUUCAACAAUGUUUUCUUUCAAAUGUUGCAUUCUAGUGGAGAGGACUAAAACCAAUUUACUGUAAAAGGGACAAGCUGCACAUGAAAUGGAGUGGGACAAUUUCAACCACUAGAUGGCGACAUUGACUUGGUGAGCUGCUGCUGGUGAGAUCUGGAUCAGAUUGCUUGUCCAAAGUAAUCAACAGAUUACUGUCAAAUGUUGACGCUUGCAACUAGGCGAGACUGUGAGGUCUGCCCUGACAGUUCUGGCCCCAAACUUCUCAACAACGGGAAAGUAAAAGCUAUACGUGUCGCAAGCGGUGGUCAUUCAACCCUGCAUGGAAUAACCAGAAAAAGAUUGAUAGCAGUGGCAAGGUAGCUAGCAAGCUGGCCUGUCACUGACAGUGUUUGGGGGCUAUGCACAACUAGGCUGGACAAUAGAACGACGUUAGCAAGCUAGCUAGGUACUGUAGGCUAACGUAAAUUACAUGUUCGUAGUAGGCAAAAGCACUGGGGAUAUUCUUCUUGAGCAUGUGGUUUAGCUAACGUCAGUAUCUUUCUUGCCCAUUGUGGGGACGCAAGAGACAGCUGGGACAUUGGCUGAAAGCUUGGCUAGCUAGCUAACCAACUGGUAUUGUGCCGCAGACCCCAACCCAGAUCCAGUUUCACCAAUAAUUGGCAGUUCUCAUCGCGGAGGGUGCAAUGACACAAGACGAGGAGCCGCGGCGUGACUGACAGUCUUCUGGAACCCGACCAUCGAAGUAGCUAGCUACUACUGUUGACAAUCUGGGAACAUGGACAAAUGCAUCCAGAGAAGUAUCCCUCUCCCUGGAUCAGAAUGUAAUGCAAGAAGGACGGAUAGUGCGGAAAAGCUUUCUAGGCAGAGCAGGGCAUAUAUGAACGGGAACCGCACACAUCAUGCCAACAGAGCACGCAACUCAUUGAACCAGAAGGAAGCAUGACAGCAUAUUAAUGUUUAUUUUAUCUAUGUAUUUAUUUUGCUGAAUAAGACAUGGUUUUGUCUGGCUAUCACCACUGGUUCCCAGAUUGUAUGUACUAGUUCUAUCAACCGAUGUCUGAGAAUUUAGAUUUCAAGAUGACGGUAGAGGGUUCCACAAUAAAGAGUCGGAUCAAAAAUCUUCUCCGCUCGCCAUCUAUCAAAUUAAGAAGGAAUAAAGAUCGGAACAACAAAGAGAAUCUCAGUAACAAGGUAUGUAUCUGACAUGGAUAGGAACAGUAGUAGACCAUUAUAACAAGCUCGUAGGUUUGCUAUCAAACACAACCAGCGACCUUCCAGGCAAAAUCACGAUAAUGUUUAAAGGCCUAAUUGAAAUAGCAUUUAACUACCGGUAAAAUGAAAUGCUCAGUACAUUGCUUUCAAGUGGAAAUAAUUGUCUGGCUCCUCAUAGAGUCCAGAAACCUUACAUAUUUAGGGAAUUGUGUCACUGAUCAUAAACCAAAAACAUGUUAUUGGACAUUGCAGGCUUGUUCCCCCAUGUAGCAGCAACCCCGUGGAGGUUGUUCAUAGCAUAAAUCCUCACCACUCAUAGUAGCCUAGUUCUGCAGUCAACUCCAUAUCUUCAUGAAAUGUAUCUCACACUCUGUUGAAUUUGUUAUAACUGUAGUGUAUUACUAACCUAAUUGCAGUUAGUGAUUCCUAUGGACAAAGGCUAGGAUAUUUGCAACUGUAAGUUGAUUAUAUAGGAGAACUGUUUGCUCCCUUGGUGUUGACAUGAGAAAAUGGCAUGUGACACACAUGGCAUGUGACACCUACCUCUCACAGACAGACAGCUGUGAUCCUUCCAUUCACAUGUAGGCUACAAGCGAUCUGUGUUUUAUCUCUCACACAGACACACACACGUGAGGUGUGCCUGACUGAAUCCCCUAAAAAGCAAUGAAGAAAAAAACCAUUAGCCAAGUUCAGCUGAUAACAAUAACGAUGAUUCUUAUAGAUAGGCUAAUUCUCCAUCUGUGACAAUAAUACUGUACAUUGAAGUUUAAGUCCAUGAAUGUAAUCAAUAUGACAAACUCUCAUGUAUAGGAAUUCCCCCCUCUCUUCCAUGAAGCUCACUCACUCACUGUGUCAAAUACAAUUUUAUUUGCCACAUACUUUGUAAACAACAGGUGUAGACUAACAGUGAAAUGCUUACUUACUGGUCCUUUCCAAAUCAAAUUGUAUUUGUCACAUGCACCUAAUACAGCAGGUAUAGACCAAUAAAUACUGACAUGAGGAAUAAAUCCACAGUGAAUAACAAAGAAUAAAAAAUAACAUGACUAUAUAGGGAGUAACAGUAUCGAGUCGAUGUGCAAGGAUACGAGGUAAUUGAGGUAGCUACACUAUAUAUACAAAAGUAUGUGGACACCCUUUCAAUUUAGUGGAUUCGGCUAUUUCAGCCACACCUGUGGCCGACAGGUGUAUAAAAUCGAGCACACAGCCAUGCAAUCUCCAUAAACAAACAUUGGCAGUAAAAUGGCCUUACUGAAGAGCUCAGUGACUUUCAACGUGGCAGCGUCAUAGGAUGCCAACUUUCCAACAAGUCAGUUUGUCAAAUUUCUGCCCUUCCAGAGCUGCCCCGGUCUACUGUAAGUGCUGUUAUUGGGAACUGGAAACGUCUAGGAGCAACAACCGCUCAGCCGCGAAGUGGUAGGCCACACAAGCUCACAGAAUGGGACCGCUGAAUGCUGAAGAGCAUAGCGCGUAGAAAUCGUCUUUCCUUGGUUGCAACACUCAAUACCGAGUUCUAAACUGCCUCUGGAAGCAAUGUCAGCACAAUAACUGUUCAUUGAGAACUUCAUGAAAUGGGUUUCCAUGGCCAAGCAGCCGCACACAAGCCAAAGAUCACCAUGCGCAAUGAUAAGCGUCGGCUGGAAUGGUGUAAAGCUCGCCGCCAUUGGACUCUGGAGCAGUGGAAACGCGUUGUUUCGAGUGACGCUUCACCAUCUGUCAGUCCGACAGACUAAUCUGGGUUUGGCGGAUGCCAGGAGAACUCUACCAUAGUGCCAACUGUAAAGUUUGGUGAAGGAGGAAUAAUGGUCUGGCGCUGUUUUUCAUGGUUCGGGCUAGGCCCCUUAGUUCGAGGGAAGAGAAAUCUUAACGCUACAUCAUACAAUGACUUUCUAGACGAUUCUGUGCUUCCAACUUUGUGGCAACAGUUUGGGGUAGGCCCUUUCCUGUUACCACAUUACAAUGCCCCCGUGCACAAAGCGAGGUCCAUACAGAAAUGAUUUGUCGAGAUCGGUGUGGAAGGACUUGACUGCCCUGACCUCAACCCCAUUGAACACCUUUGGGAUGAAUUGGAACGCCGACUGCGAGCCAGGCCUAAUAGCCCAACAUCAGUGCCCGACCUCACUAAUGCUCUUGUGGCUGAAUUGUAGCAAGUCCCCGCAGCAACAUCUAGUGGAAAGCCUUCCCAGAAGAGUGGAGGCUGUUAUAGCAGCAAAAGGGGGACCAACUCCAUGUUAAUGCCUAUGAUUUUGGAAUUAGAUGUUCUAUGAGCAGAUGUCCACAUACUUUUGAUAAUGUGUAGGGCUGUGGCGGUCACGAAAUUUCGUCAGCCGGUGAUUGUCAAGAAAGUAACUGUCGGUCUCAUGGUAAUUGACCGGUAAUUAACAAACACAUUUAGCAUCUCCUGGCUUCCACACACAGCCUACAAGCCACUGAUGCAGGCCUUUGGAACAUCUACGUUUUAAAAAAAGUUAAAUAAAUCCAUGUAAUAUAGCCAACACCUUCACAAUAAAUCCAUUAUUUAUUUUAGACAGGUUUAAAGAAACAUGAUAUGAAGAAAAGUCUUCAGUAGUAGUCUAUUUCAGAAGAACAGAAUAGCAUACUCUGAGUUGUCCUUAUGUUAGGUCCUGAUCUGGCUAUGCCAUAUUGCUGUGGGCUACACUAGUUCAUUUAGCAGACAAGAUUUGGUUAGAAUUCAGUGGCAUUAUUUUAUAUUAUUUUAUUGUAUGAUGAAUACAAUUGAACAAAGCUGAAUAAAAUAGAAAGGAUAUUUUCACCAAACAAUUUGAGGGAGUUCACACAUGCGGCUAUUCUGUGUUGAGCAGUUAACAAAGAAAUAGGUUCUCCUACAGUGGCUUGCGAAAGUAUUCACCCCCCUUGGCAUUUUUCCUAUUUUGUUGCCUUACAACCUGGAAUUAUAAUGGAUUUUUGGGGGGUUUGAAUCAUUUGAUUUACACAACAUGCCUACCACUUUGAAGAUGCAAAAUAUUUUUUCUUGUGAAACAAACAAGAAAUAAGACAACAAAAAAACAGAACUUGAGCGUGCAUAACUAUUCACCCCCCCCCGCCCCCCCCAAAGUCAAUACUUUGUAGAGCCACCUUUUGCAGCAAUUACAGCUGCAAGUCUCUUGGGGUAUGUCUCUAUAAGCUUGGCACAUCUAGCCACUGGGAUUUUUGUCCAUUCUUCAAGGCAAAACUGCUCCAGCUCCUUCAAGUUGGAUGGGUUCCGCCGGUGUACAGCAAUCUUUAAGUCAUACCACAUAUUCUCAAUUGGAUUGAGGUCUGGGCUUUGACUAGGCCAUUCCAAGACAUUUAAAUGUUUCCCCUUAAACCACUCGAGUGUUGCUUUAGCCUUUGUCCUGCUGGAAGGUGAACCUCCGUCCCAGUCUCAAAUCUCUGGAAGACUGAAACAGGUUUCCCUCAAUAAUUUCCCUGUAUUUAGCGCCAUCCAUCAUUCUUUCAAUUCUGACCAGUUUCCCAGUCCCUGCCGAUGGAAAAACUUCCCCACAGCAUGAUGCUGCCACCACCAUGCUUCACUGUGGGGAUAGUGUUCUCGGGGUGAUGAGAGGUGUUGGGUUUGCGCCAGACAUAGCGUUUUCCUUGAUGGCCAAAAGCUCAAUUUUAGUCUCAUCUGACCAGAGUACUUUCUUCCAUAUGUUUGCUUAUUUUUUUCUUUAAGCAAUGGCUUUUUUUCUGGCCACACUUCCGUAAAGCCCAGCUCUGUGGCGUGUAUGGCUUAAAGUGGUCCUAUGGACAGAUACUCCAAACUCCGCUGUGAAGCUUUGCAGCUCCUUCAGGGUUAUCUUUGGUCUCUUUUUUGCCUCUGAUUAAUGCCCUCCUUGCCUGGUCCGUGAGUUUUGGUGGGCGGUCCUCUCUUGUCAGGUUUGUUGUGGUGCCAUAUUCUUUAAAUUUUUUAAUAAUGGAUUUAUUGGUGCUCCGUUGGAUGUUCAAAGUUUCUGAUAUUCUUUUAUAACCCAACCCUGAUCUGUACUUCUCCACAACUUUGUCCCUGACCUGUUUGGAGAGCUCCUUGGUCUUCAUGGUGCCGCUUGCUUGGUGGUGCCCCUUACUUAGCGGUGUUGCAGACUCUGGGGCCUUUCAGAACAGCUGUAUAUACAGUGGGGAAAAAAAGUAUUUAGUCAGCCACCAAUUGUGCAAGUUCUCCCACUUAAAAAUAUGAGAGAGGCCAUUAAUUUUCAUCAUAGGUACACGUCAACUAUGACAGAAAAAAUUAGAUUUUUUUUCUCCAGAAAAUCACAUUGUAGGAUUUUUAAUGAAUUUAUUUGCAAAUUAUGGUGGAAAAUAAGUAUUUGGUCACCUACAAACAAGCAAGAUUUCUGGCUCUCACAGACCUGUACCUUCUUCUUUAAGAGGCUCCUCUGUCCUCCACUCGUUACCUGUAUUAAUGGGACCUGUUUGAACUUGUUAUCCGUAUAAAAGACACCUGUCCACAACCUCAAACAGUCACACUCCAAACUCCACUAUGGCCAAGACCAAAGAGCUGUCAAAGGACACCAGAAACAAAAUUGUAGACCUGCACCAGGCUGGGAAGACUGAAUCUGCAAUAGGUAAGCAGCUUGGUUUGAAGAAAUCAACUGUGGGAGCAAUAAUUAGGAAAUGGAAGACAUACAAGACCACUGAUAAUCUCCCUCGAUCUGGGGCUCCACGCAAGAUCUCACCCCGUGGAAUCAAAAUGAUCACAAGAACGGUGAGCAAAAAUCCCAGAACCACACGGGGGGACCUAGUGAAUGACCUGCAGAGAGCUGGGACCAAAGUAACAAAGCCUACCAUUAGUAACACACUACGCCACCAGGGACUCAAAUCCUGCAGUGCCAGAUGUGUCCCCCUGCUUAAGCCAGUACAUGUCCAGGCCCGUCUGAAGUUUGCUAGAGCGCAUUUGGAUGAUCCAGAAGAGGAUUGGGAGAAUGUCAUAUGGUCAGAUGAAACCAAAAUAGAACUUUUUGGUAAAAACUCAACUCGUCGUGUUUGGAGGAUAAAGAAUGCUGAGUUGCAUCCAAAGAACACCAUACCUACUGUGAAGCAUGGGGGUGGAAACAUCAUGCUUUGGGUCUGUUUUUCUGCAAAGGGACCAGGACGACUGAUCCGUGUAAAGGAAAGAAUGAAUGGGGCCAUGUAUCGUGAGAUUUUGAGUGAAAACCUCCUUCCAUCAGCAAGGGCAUUGAAGAUGAAACGUGGCUGGGUCUUUCAGCAUGACAAUGAUCCCAAACAACCCGCCCGAGCAACGAAGGAGUGGCUUCGUAAGAAGCAUUUCAAGGUUCUGGAGUGGCCUAGCCAGUCUCCAGAUCUCAACCCCAUAAAAAAUCUUUGGAGGGAGUUGAAAGUCCGUGUUGCCCAGCGACAGCCCCAAAACAUCACUGCUUUAGAGGAGAUCUGCAUGGAGGAAUGGGCCAAAAUACCAGCAACAGUGUGUGAAAACCUUGUGAAGACUUACAGAAAACGUUUGACCUGUGUCAUUGCCAACAAAGGGUAUAUAACAAAGUACUGAGAAACUUUUGUUAUUGACCAAAUACUUAUUUUCCACCAUAAUUUGCAAAUAAAUUCAUUAAAAAUCCUACAAUGUGAUUUUCUGGGGAAAAAAAUCUCAUUUUAUCUGUCAUAGUUGACGUGUACCUAUGAUGAAAAUUACAGGCCUCUCAUCUUUUUAAGUGGGAGAACUUGCACAAUUGGUGGCUGACUAAAUAAUUUUUUCCCCCACUGUAUACUGAGAUCAUGUGACAGAUCAUGUGACACUUAGAUUGCACACAGGUGGACUUUAUUUAACUAAUUAUGUGACUUCUGAAGGUAAUUGGUUGCACCAGAUCUUAUUUAGGGGCUUCAUAGCAAAGGGGUUGAAUACAAACGCACGCACCACUUUUCCGUUAUUUAUAUUUUAGAAUUUUUUUCAUUUCACUUCACCAAUUUGUACUAUUUUGUCUAUGUCCAUUACAUGAAAUCCAAAUAAAAAUCCAUUGAAAUUAGAGGUUGUAAUGCAACAAAAUAGGAAAAACGCCAAGGGGGCUGAAUACUUUUGCAAGACACUGUAUAUGCUUAAUUUAGAGGUAUUAAUGUAACUAGUAGUUCUACAAAUGUUGGGCUAUAUGUUUAGAUGCUUAAUACAUUGUAAGGCUGCAUGAUGAGACUCUAAUGAUGAUUUGAAACAAGUCGCUUGAAAGGCAUGAGUUCUGCUUUGUUUUUUGCGCAGAGGAUCUUUCUCACAGGCUACAAGUGAAGACAGACACUUCCGUCACGCAAAUGCGCACGUCCUUAUCCAAUUCUGAGGUGCAUAUUGAAGAUAUUGGAAGAACUGUCCACAUUUACUUUUCGUCAGCCAACAAGAGGAGUAGGCCUAACGAACAGCACAAGCACUAGCCUUUGUCAGUCUACUAUCCCCCAUAGUACAAAAGUCGACCUAUUCUAUUCUGUGCGAGAAAUAAAUAUUCCAAACAUAGUCUGGGACAGUUGUCGGAUGCGAUAGAUCCCAAAUCAAUACAACCAAUAGCAUGAAAAAUAUAUAUAUAUUACGCAAUGAGGCUGACGCGACAGAUCAGAACGUUUAGCUUAAAAUGUGAUAAACUACUAGGCUAUUUCUUCACAUUAUAAGCACGGCAGUAGGCUAUAAGCGCGAAUGUUCCAUUAGCCGUAAAACACCAUUAUCAAAAGUGACUGCAAAUGCAAUUGUGCAUGUGAUUCUUUUUUAUGGUGAAAAUGAUCUUCCCCAAACUUGAAACUCACGCGCUGCUUAAGUAUGCCAGUUAGGCUCUACACCCCUUGUAAAGCGGAUUAAUGUGCUUAUUUUAAGAACUUAUUUGGCCACUUUAGUUGUGAUACAAACCUUAUCAAAACAUAUAGGCCUAUGGGCUAAGCUACAUGAGGUGUCGUAAAAAAAAGGCAAUGUUUCUUGCCUUAUGCUGGGCAUCAUUCACAAGUGAUAAUAUAUAAUUCAAAAGUGAAAGGCUAAUAUUGUCACCCAUCAGACUAUUCUUGAUUUAAUCUUGUCUUUACAUAUACUAAAUAAUAUAUGUGUGAAAUUUGUUUUGAUUUAGAAUGGACCAUUAUCAUGCACCUGUCUCAACAGGGGCAGCGGAAAAAAUCAUGUCAUCUAUACACUUAAAUAGUGAAAGGAGGACACUUUUCCCGUGGUUCAUUUUCAUGCCAGCCAGGUAGGCUAUACUCCUGUUGUAAAUAUAAGCAAUGUGCUUAAUAUUAGGAAAGUUGAGAAAUAAAUAUAGUAGGCCUAGCCUAUAGAAAGCUGAUGGGAUCCUCCUCUUUAAUAAAGGCCAUCACUCUGUUUUCUCAUGCAAUUGCAUAGCUUAUAGAAAUGUUGCGCAACAUGAGCUCAUGGGCUCUCAUGAGAGAAUGCCAAGAGUGUGCAAAGCUGUCAAGGCAAAAGGUGGCUAUUUGAAGAAUCUCACAUUUCUAAAUAUAUUUUGAUUUGGUUAACACUUUUUUGGUUACUACAUGAUUCCAUAUGUGUUAUUUCAUAGUUUUGAUGUCUUUACUAUUAUUCUACAAUGUAAAAAAAUAGUAAAAAUAAAGACAAACCCUUGAAUGAGUAGAUGUGUCCAAACUUUUGACUGGUACUGUAUAUGGAUGAUUUAUAAAGCCAGGCACAUUUAAUAGUUAGGCUAUUGAUUAUAUAAUAAUUAAGUUGGGGUUUCCUCUCUCCUCACUUUUCUUAGACAAUAAGGCAAGGGCUGUUUUCUCGUCACCUCAUUCUCCUGCUGCCUCCGCCGCAUUGUUCUCAUCACCAAUAUGCUGGUUAACUUUGCUAUUAUGCACAUAGCAACAUGGUCUAGGAAAAGGCGGCAAUUCAAAAGCACACUGAUGUGUUUCAGAACCGCGGACAGCGACCACUAUCCAACACGGGAGAAAGCGAAUUUGUUAUAAAAUUAAUAUUAUUUUUAUUUAGUGUUGCAACAUUGUUCUUAUCUAAUAUAACCAUAUACAAUUUCAGUAGCACUGUGCCAUCUCCACGGUCUCCACAAUGGAUUAGUCCACUCAGACAGGUGUCUUGUACACCAUGAUAUACAGUGAGGGAAAAAAGUAUUUGAUCCCCUGCUGAUUUUGUACGUUUGCCCACUGACAAAGAAAUGUUCAGUAUAUAAUUUUAAUGGUACGUUUAUUUGAACAGUGAGAGACAGAAAAACAACAAAAAACUCCAGAAAAACGCAUGUCAAAAAUGUUAUAAAUUGAUUUGCAUUAUAAUGAGGGAAAUAAGUAUUUGACCCCCUCUCAAUCAGAAAGAUUUCUGGCUCCCAGGUGUCUUUUAUACAGGUAACGAGCUGAGAUUAGGAGCACACUCUUAAAGGGAGUGCUCCUAAUCUCAGUUUGUUACCUGUAUAAAAGACACCUGUCCACAGAAGCAAUCAAUCAAUCAGAUUCCAAACUCUCCACCAUGGCCAAGACCAAAGAGCUCUCCAAGGAUGUCAGGGACAAGAUUGUAGACCUACACAAGGCUGGAAUGAGCUACAAGACCAUCGCCAAGCAGCUUGACAACAGUUGGUGCGAUUAUUUGCAAAUGGAAGAAACACAAAAUACCUGUCAAUCUCCCUCAGCCUGGGGCUCCAUGCAAGAUCUCACCUCGUGGAGUUGCAAUGAUCAUGAGAACGGUGAGGAAUCAGCCUAGAACUACACGGGAGGAUCUUGGCAAUGAUCUCUAGGAACCAAGAAAACAAUUGGUAACACACUACGCCGUGAAGGACUGAAAUCCUGCAGUGCCCGCAAGGUCCCCCUGCUCAAGAAAGCACAUAUACAGGGCCGUCUGAAGUUUGCCAAUGAACAUCUGAAUGAUUCAGAGAAGAACUGGGUGAAAGUGUUGUGGUCAGAUGAGACCAAAAUCGAGCUCUUUGGCAUCAACUCAACUCGCUGUGUUUGGAGGAGGAGGAAUGCUGCCUAUGACCCCAAGAACAACAUCCCCACCGUCAAACAUGGAGGUGGAAACAUUAUGCUUUGGGGGUGUUUUUCUGCUAAGGGGACAGGACAACUUCACCGCAUCAAAGGGACGAUGGACGGGGCCAUGUACCAUAAAAUCUUGGGUGAGAACCUCCUUCCCUCAGCCAGGGCAUUGAAAAUGGGUCGUGGAUGGGUAUUCCAGCAUGACAAUGACCCAAAACACACGGCCAAGGCAACAAAAGAGUGGCUCAAGAAGAAGCACAUUAAGGUCCUGGAGUGGCCUAGCCAGUCUCCAGACCUUAAUCCCAUAGAAAAUCUGUGGAGGGAGCUGAAGGUUCGAGUUGCCAAACGUCAGCCUCGAAACCUUAAUGACUUGGAGAAGAUCUGCAAAGAGGAAUGGGACAAAAUCCCUCCUGAGAUGUGUGCAAACCUGGUGGCCAACUACAAGAAACGUCUGACCUCUGUGAUUGCCAACAAGGAUUUUGCCACCAAGUACAAAGUCAUGUUUUGCAGAGGGGUCAAAUACUUAUUUCCCUCAUUAAAAUGCAAAUCAAUUUAUAACAUUUUUGACAUGCAUUUUUCUGGAUUUUUUAGUUGUUAUCCUGUCUCUCACUGUUCAAAUAAACCUAUCAUUAAAAUGAUAGACUGAUCAUGUCUUUGUCAGUGUGCAAACGUACAAAAUCAGCAGGGGAUCAAAUACUUUUUUCCUCACUGUAUACAGUGGGAAGAACAAGUAUUUGAUACACUGCCGAUUUUGCAGGUUUUCCUACUUACAAAGCAUGUAGAGGUCUGUAAUUUUUAUCAUAGGUACACUUCAACUUUGAGAGACGGAAUCUAAAACAAAAAUCCAGAAAAUCACAUUGUAUGAUUUUUAAGUAAUUAAUUUGCAUUUUAUUACAUGACAUAAGUAUUUGAUCACCUACCAACCAGUAAGAAUUCCAGCUCUCACAGACCUGUUAUUUUUUGUUUAAGAAGCCCUCCUGUUCUCUACUCAUUACCUGUAUUAACUGCACCUGUUUGAACUCAUUACCUGUAUAAAAGACACCUGUCCACACACUCAAUCAAACAGACUCCAACCUCUCCACAAUGGCCAAGACCAGAGAGCUGUGUAAGGACAUCAGGGAUAAAAUUGUAGACUUGCACAAGGCUGGGAUGGGCUACAGGACAAUAGGCAAGCAGCUUGGUGAGAAGGCAACAACUGUUGGCGCAAUUAUUAGAAAAUGGAAGAAGUUCAAGAUGACGGUCAAUCACCCUCGGUAUGGGGCUCCAUGCAAGAUCUCACCUCGUGGGGCAUCAAUGAUCAUGAGGAAGGUGAGGGAUCAGCCCAGAACUACACGGCAGGACCUGGUCAAUGACCUGAAGAGAGCUGGGACCACAGUCUCAAAGAAAACCAUUAGUAACACACCACGCCGUCAUGGAUUAAAAUCCUGCAGCGCACGCAAGGUCCCCCUGCUCAAGCCAGCGCAUGUCCAGGCCCGUCUGAAGUUUGCCAAUGACCAUCUGGAUGAUCCAGAGGAGGAAUGGGAGAAGGUCAUGUGGUCUGAUGAGACAAAAAUAGAGCAUUUUGGUCUAAACUCCACUCGCCGUGUUUGGAGGAAGAAGAAGGAUGAGUACAACCCCAAGAACACCAUCCCAACCGUGAAGCAUGGAGGUGGAAACAUCAUUCUUUGGGGAUGCUUUUCUGCAAAGGGGACAGGACGACUGCACCGUAUUGAGGGGAGGAUGGAUGGGGCCAUGUAUCGCGAGAUCUUGGCCAACAACCUCCUUCCAUCAGUAAGAGCAUUGAAGAUGGGUUGUGGCUGGAUCUUCCAGCAUGACAACGACCCGAAACACACAGCCAGGGCAACUAAGGAGUGGCUCCGUAAGAAGCAUCUCAAGGUCCUUGAGUGGCCUAGCCAGUCUCCAGACCUGAACCCAAUAGAAAAUCUUUGGAGGGAGCUGAAAGUCUGUAUUGCCCAGCGACAGCCCCGAAACCUGAAGGAUCUGGAGAAGGUCUGCAUGGAGGAGUGGGCCAAAAUCCCUGCUGCAGUGUGUGCAAACCUGGUUAAGACCUACAGGAAACAUAUGACCUCUGUAAUUGCAAACAAAGGUUUCUGUACCAGAUAUUAAGUUCUGCUUUUCUGAUGUGUCAAAUACUUAUGUCAUGCAAUAAAAUGCAAAUUAAUUACUUAAAAAUCAUACAAUGUGAUUUUCUGGAUUUUUGUUUUAGAUUCCGUCUCUCACAGUUGAAGUGUACCUAUGAUAAAAAAUUACAGACCUCCACAUGCUUUGUAAGUAGGAAAAUCGGCAAAAUCGGCAGUGUAUCAAAUACUUGUUCUCCCCACUAUAUGUAUAUAUUUUUUGCUACUGCUCGACUAAAGAAAUAUUGGUCGACCAACAGCCUAUCGACCAAACAAUCAACCAGUCGACUCAAUGGGGUCAGCCCUAGAUUAGCUAUUUAGCAGCCUUGUUUAGCAGUCUUAUGGCUUGGGGGUAGACGCUUUCCAGGGUCCUGUAGGUUCCAGACUUGGUGUACUGGUAUCGCUUGCUGUGCGGUAGCAGAGAGAUCAGUCUAUGGCUUGGGUGGCUGGAGUCAUUGACAAAUUUUUUCGUCCUUCCUCUGACACUGCCUGGUAUAGAGGUCGUGGAUGGCAGGGAGCUUGGCCCCAGUGAUGUACUGGGCCGUACUCACCACCCUCUUUAGCACCUUUCAGUCGGGUGCCUUGCAGUUGCUGUACCAAGCGGUGAUGCAGCCAGUCAAGAUGCUCUCAAUGGUUCAGCUGUAGAACAUUUUGAGGAUCUGAGGGCCCAUGCCAAAUCUUUUCGCCCUUCAGCAAACUUGAUUGUGUUUUUGUCGUGCGUGGCCAUGCAGUCGUGGGUGAACAGGGAGUUUGUGUCCCGCUCUUUGAAAGCGGCAGCUCUAGCCUUAAGCACAGUGUGGAUGUUGCCUGUAAUCCAUGGCUUCUGGUUGUGGUAUGUACGUACGGUCACUGUAGAGACGACGUCGUGGAUGCACUUACUAAUGAAGCCGGUGACUGAUGUGGUAAACUCCUCAAAGUUAUCAGAUGAAUCCCGGAACAUUUUCCAGUCUGUGCUAGCGAAACAGUCCUGUAGCUUAGCAUCCGCUUCAUCGGACCACUUCCAUAUUGAGCGCGUCACUGGUACUUCCUAUUUGAGUUUUUGCUUUUAAGGUGAUAGGAGUGGAACCCGGUGUGGUCGUCUGCUGCAAUAGUCCAUUCGUGACAAGGACCGAUGAGUUGUGUGUUCCGAGAUGCCGUUCUGCACACCACUGUUGUACUGCACUGUUAUUUGCCUGUUUGUGGCCCGCCUGUUAGCUUGCAUGAUUCUUGCCAUUCUCCCUCGACCUCUCAUCAACAAACUGUUUUCGCCCACAGGACUGCCGCAGUCUUUUUUGGUUUGUCACACCAUUCUCUGUAAACCCUAGACACUGUCGUGCGUGAAAAGCCCAGGUGGUCGGCCGUUUCUGAGAUACUGGAAUCGGCGCGCCUGGCACCGACUAUUAUACCACGCUCAAAGUCGCUUAGGUCCCUCGUUUUGCCCAUUCUUCUAACGUUCAAUUCAAACGUAACUGAAUGCCUUGAUGCCUGUCUGCCUGCUUUAUAUAGCAAGCCAUGUGACUCACUGUCUGUAGGAGCGAACCAUUUUCGUGAACGGGAUGGUGUACCUAAGAAACUGGCCGCUGAGUGUAAAUAUAGUUUUUUAAACAUUGAAAGUAUUACUCUGGCAAGGUCAAAUUCUGUCAUUCUGUUAGUCCCAUUGCUUUAUUAAGUAGCCCUAGUAUCCAUGACUGUUGCUCCUAGUGGGUUUUAAGAGGUGUUUCUGUGCACUGAAGAGAAGAGAGCUCCCUGGCACACUUACAGCAGAGACAAACCAGACGUAAACACUAGAUUACUACUGCUGUAUUAGCCUGAUAUUAUGUAGCAUAGCAGGGGAAAGCUGAGACUAUAUCUUCACAGCAUUAGGUUUAGUCUACUAUCAGAGAUUGUCUUAAGAGGUUUUUUAGGCUAUAUGAAAAUGAAGUUAUGCUACUUCUUCCUAUUGUUUGUAUUUAGUUUUGCUUAAUGAUAUAUAAUAAUGUGAGUCAUCAUUAGUCUUGCUGUGGUUGUUUAUUAUUGAAGUGAGCUUCAUUCAUUUGAUGUCAAUCUGCCUUUGUUUUCUUAGGAUGUAGGCUAAUAAGAGGUGAUUGCAAACUUUUGCAGACAUAGCCUAGUAGCCUAGAGUGAAGCACUCUGGAGUAGGGAGUCAGACAAAGGAAUAGGCUGCUUUUAUUUGAGAAUGAGAGAAGUAAGGAGUGGGUAUUCUUGUUAUCCUGGGGCUGAUUUAUUUCUAAGGCAGUGAGUGCAGCUCUAGAAGAUUAUUGUACUCACUGUAUGCAGCCUUGAGCCUAUAGUAGCAUUAGUGGAUGGAUCCCAAAUGACACCCUUUUCCCUCACAUAGUGCACUUAUUUUGACCAGUUCAUAGAUCUUUGAUCGAUAGAUCCCCAGUCCUUAACGAUUACAAGCAUACCCAUAACAUAAUGCAGCCACCACUGUGCUUGAAAAUAUGGGUUGUGGUACUCAAUAAUGUGUUGUAUUGGAUUUGCCCCAAACAUAUCACUUUGUAUUUAGGACAAAAAAUUAAUUGCUUUGCCACAUUCUUUACAGUAUUACUUUAGUGCCUUGUUGCAAACAGUAUGUUUUCGAAUAUUUGUAUUCUGUACAGGCAAGUGUUGCACGAUAUAUCGGUACCACGGUAAUAUUAAGGUACCAAAACAUCAUGAUACUUAUGAUAACAUUUUAGAAUACAAUAGUACAGUUUCAGAUGAUACUACCAAAUGUUUCGUCCCUACCGAUCUAAAGAACCCUCUGACGCCUGUUUAUAAAAUUCAGUUAAAUUAGUUAAGCAACAGCAGCUAGUCUCUUGUAUGCGCUGGUCCAAUAAUGUCCACUUUACUUUCAUGCGCAUAGCACGUGUGGCACCAGUAAUCAGCCAGCCGCAUCCCCUUCCAGACGUCACUCACUUCUAUCCGUCCACGCUUCCUGCUCCCCUAUUAAUCCAUCAGUUUUUAAAAUAUAAUUUAGCCGUGAUAGCGAGCGGGGAUGCAGACCCUGAUCAGUCUUCUGUUGUUACAUUUGUACUUUUGGUACAUUGGAGCAGCGCACAGAGUGAGCAAAGUUGAUACAUUGACCUGAUAUAACCAAGAGCACAGGCCAGGCUGAGAAGGCUUUGGAAGUUCGCUGUCACGCAGCAGUGCCAGAGAGAGAGAAAAAACAGCUUCGCGACAGGCAUGCGUACUUUAUAGCAAAGAAAACGGCUUGUCUCCAGCUCAAAUGGUUAAGAAAAUAUGACCCAUACAACCGGAGCGACCUUAUUUUCUUCCUGUGCGAUUUCAUGCGCAUUUGAUAUAAUUUCACAAACCAUGUCGCGGGCCGUUUUAAACUAAUACCGGGCGGCUAAUUAUUGGUUUGAUAACAAACAACGUCGUUCAGUCAUGUCACCUAGCUAGCUAACAACCUGGUAACUGGACAGUAGGUCUAGGAAAAUUUGAUUGGCACUGGAAGAAAGGAAAAGGGUCUGCUACUAAUGAGAUGUGCUUCAAAGGUAGGAUUCAUAUAGGCCUAAUGUAAGCCUAAACUCUAUCAAACAAUAUCUCUUUCAGGUACUCCUAACAUACUGUUUGGUGCCUAACGUUUUUAAAGUUGGGAACAGUGUGUGUAUGUUUGUGGGAUAGAGUGGUACUGUUAUGUGUGCUUAUGUGAGAGGGGGAGACAGAGAGAGUGUGUGAAGGAGGGUGUGUGUGUUACAACUGAAGAGUAAUGAAGGUUUCAUGCAGUGUUUUCCCCAUACUGCCAUGCAAAUCAUUAUGCAUGUAACUGAGUGUACAAAACAUUAGGAACACCUGCUUUCAUUUGGCAACAUACCACACAUUUGGCCUGUAGUUUAUGUGUGUUAAUUAUUUAACAACAUGGUGUAAUGUCAUGUGUGUGCCCAUUUUAUUGUAAAAAUAUAAUAAGCUCUGCAUUAUUUAUUUUUUAGGUGACAUUGGAGAAGGUGCUGGGGAUCACAGCAUUUGGGAACCGUGCUUUGGCCUGCGACCCUCGCUCUGGACUAGUGGCCUACCCAGCUGGGUGAGUGACCCGGCGAACACCCGUUACACACCCAACAACUGCACCUAAUUUGUGGAGAAAUCCACAGAAAUAUGUGACAAUGAAUGAGUAGUAGUACAGUAAAUAGGUUUACUGUGUAUGCCUAGUCCUGCACCUUGUUUAACUUCCCACAUCUUGUCAUUCUGCUACUUGUUUAUUCAACUUCAAUGCAAUGUUUGCUUGUUUCUCUUUUGAUUCAUUCCAUGUCAGUUCAGCAAGCCAUGACACCCACCAUAUCAGAUAGUUUUGAAAUUGUUUCUGUAGUUAGAAACAUAAGAUUGGCAUUCCUGAAACAUUAUUUUCUUAAACUUACAUUUUAUCUCUGAGAAAUUAAGCUAAUAUUAAUUGCAUCGAUUGCAUUUUAAUUUAUAGGAUUCAGUAAAUAUAGUACCCAACAUCCGAUUUGGACCAAACAUCUUCCUACAAAUGAGUAAGAAAUUAUGAAUCGCAAAAUAAAUUCUGAAGCCACCCCAUGCCAACCCCACCCCAACAACCAGUAUACAGUAUCAGUUCUCUGUUUGACAAUUAGUAUGAAGCUGCGGCUUGCAGUAUAGCUUCUCCAUACUAUGUAAUGUAUUCCCUGUGAAUCUGGUGUUUUUUUUCUUCCUGUUAAAAUAAAUUAGUCAUUGAAGUCACUUGCAUUAUUUACCAUCAAGUAGUGUGAAAGUACCAGGUUUUGACCACUAGAUUCCGCUGUUCCUGCUAUACCGCCACACUCUUUUAUACAUUUAGCUGGUUUCUUGUGUUUAUUAAAUAGAUCACAACAUUUCCUUUGCAACUUUGUAGAAAACCAGUAGAUUUGGCUCAUGAUGAAAAUUAAUUUGGGGGGUCAUCCUCACAAUUCAAGCCAGUCCAUGAAAAUAAACCAGUUUGUCCUUCUUUAUGCUUAAUCAGGGUCCAGGAAACGGACCCUUUGUGUGUGGUUUAUUCCCUUCAAAGAAAGGUCUGGAUUAGUUACUCAGGGUUUUUUUCUGCAUAUAAAAGUAUUGGGCAGGCCGCCUAAGUGUUUUUUUUCAGGCUGUCUAUGUCCAAACAGUAAAAAAUUAAUAUACACUGAACAUAAAUAUAAAAGCAAGAUGUAAAGUGUUGGUCCCAUGUUUCAUGAGCUGAAAUAAAUGAUCCCAGAAAUUAUCCAUGUGCACAAAAGCUUAUUUAUCUCAAAUUUGGUGCACAGAUUUGUUUACGUCCCUGUUAGUGAGCAUUUCUCCUUUGCCAAGAUAAGACAUCCACCUGACAGGUGUGGCAUAUCAAGAAGUUGAUUAAUCAGCUUGAUCAUUAAGCAGGUGCACCUUGUGCUCGGGACAAUAAAAGGCCACUCUAAACUGUGCAGUUGUGUUACACAACACAAUGCCACAGAUGUCGCAAGUUUUGAGGGAGCGUGCAAUUGGCAUGCUGACUGCAGGAAUGUCUACCAGAGCAGUUGCCAGACAAUUUAAUUUUCAUUUCUCUACCAUAAACUGCCUCCAACGCCAUUUUAAAGAAUUUGGCAGUAAGUCCAACCAGCCUCAACCACAGACCACGUGCAUGGCGUCAUGUGGGCGAGCGGUUUGCUGAUGUCAACAUUGUGAACAGAGUGCCCCAUGGUGGCAGUGGGGUUAUGGUAUGGGCAGGCAUAACCUACGGACAAUGAACACAAUUGCAUUUUAUCGAUGGCAAUUUGAAUGCGCAGAGAUACCGUGACGAGAUCCUGAGGCCCAUUGUCGUGCCAUUCAUCCUCCGCCAUCACCUCAUGUUUGAGCAUGAAAAUAUAAACAAUUCCUGAAAGCUGAAAAUGUCCCAGUUCUUUCAUGGCCUGCAUACUUACCAGACAUGUCACCCAUUGAGCAUGUUUGGGAUGCUCUGGAUCAACGUGUACAACAGCGUGUUCCAGUUCCCGGCAAUAUCCAGCAACUUCGCACAGCCAUUGAAGAGGAGUGGGACAACAUUCCACAGGCCACAAUCGCAUAGAGUUGAUCAGGCUGUUGAAGGAGAUGUGUCGUGCCGCAUGAGGCAAAUGGUGGUCACACCAAACACUGACUGAUUUUCUGAUCCACGCCCCUACCUUUUUUUUAAAGGGAUCUGUGACCAACAGUUGAUAAUCUGUAUUCCCAGUCAUGUGAAAUCAAUAGAUUAGGGCCUAAUUAAUUUAUUUCAAUUGACUGAUUUUCUUACAGAACUGUAACUCAGUAAAGUCUUUGAAAUAGUUGCACAUUGCGUUUAUAUUUCAAUUCAGUGUACUGUGUGUGUGUGUGUGUAUAUAUAUGCAUACAUACAUACAUACGUACAUACAGUGCCUUGCAAAAGUAUUCAUCCCCCUUGGUGUUUUUACUAUUUUGUUGCAUUGCAACCUGUAAUUUAAAUUGAUUUUUAUUUGGAUUUCAUGUAAUGGACAUACACAAAAUAGUCCAAAUUGGUGAAGUGUAAUGAAAAAAAUUCAAUAACGGAAAAGUGGUGCGUGCAUAUUUAUUCACCCCCUUUGCUAUGAAGCCCCUAAAUAUGAUCUGGUGCAACCAAUUACCUUCAGAAGUCACACAAUUAGUUAAAUAAAGUCCACCUGUGUGCCACAUGAUCUCAGUAUAUAUAUAUAUAUAUACACCUGUUCUGAAAGGCCCCAGAGUCUGCAACACCACUAAGCAAGUGGCACCACCAAGCAAGCGACACCAUGAAGACCAAGGAGCUCUCCAAACAGGUCAGGGACAAAGUUGUGGAAAAUAAAAAAUAUCAGAAACUUUGAACAUCCCACGGAGAACCAUUAAAUCCAUUAUUUAAAAAAUGGAAAGAAUAUGGCACCACAACAAACCUGCCAAGAGAGGGCCGCCCACCAAAACUCACGGACCAGGCAAGGAGGGCAUUAAUCAGAGGCAAAAAAGAGACAGAAGAUAACCCUGAAGGAGCUAAAAAGCUCCACAGUGGAUAUUAGAGUAUCUGUCCAUAGGACCACUAAGUCCAUAGGACCACUAUCUGUACACUCCACAGAGCUGGGCUUUACAGAAGAGUGGCCAGAAAAAAGCCAUUGCUUAAAGAAAAAAAUAAGCAAACACGUUUGGUGUUCGUCAAAAGACAUGUGGGAGACUCCCCAAACAUAUGGAAGAAGGUAUUCCGGUCAGAUGAGACUAAAAUUGAGCUUUUUGGCCAUCAAGGAAAACGCUAUGUCUGGCGCAAACCCAACACCUCUCAUCACCCCGAGAACACCAUCCCCACAGUGAAGCAUGGUGGUGGCAGCAUCAUGCUGUGGGGAAGUUUUUCAUCGUCAGGGACUGGGAAACUGGACAUAAUUGAAGGAAUGAUGGAUGGCGCUAAAUACAGGGAAAUUCUUGAGGGAAACCUGUUUCAGUCUUCCAGAGAGACUGGGACGGAGGUUCACCUUCCAGCAGGACAAUGACCCUAAGCAUACUGCUAAAGCAAUACUCGAGUGGUUUAAGGGGAAACAUUUAAAUGUCUUGGAAUUUCCUAGUGAAAGCCCAGACCUCAAUCAAUUGAGAAUAUGUGGUAUGACUUAAAGAUUGCUGUACAACAGCGGAACCCAUCCAACUUGAAGGAGCUGGGGCAGUUUUGCCUUGAGGAAUGGACAAAAAUCCCAGUGGCUAGAUGUGCCAAGCUUAUAGAUACAUACCCCAAGAGACUUGCAGCUGUAAAUGCUGCAAAAGGUGGCUCUACAAAGUAUUUACUUUGGGGGGGGGGGAAUAUAUAUUUUGCAUCUUCAAAGUGGUAGGCAUGUUGUGUAAAUCAAAUGAUACAAACCCCCAAAAAAUCAAUUUUAAUUCCAGUUUAAAAGGCAACAAAACAGGAAAAAUGACAAAGGAAUGAAUACUUUCGCAAGCCAAUGUAAGUACGUACGUACGUACACAGUGCAUUCAGAAAAUAUUCAGACCCCUUGACUUAAAAAAACCCAAAAGUUAUGUUACAGCCUUAUUUUUAAAUGGAUUAAAUAGUUUUUUCCCCCUCAUCAGUCUACACACAAUAAAUCUUACAUUUACGUCAUUUAGCAGACACUCUUAUCCAGAGCGACUUACAGUUAGUGAGUGCAUACAUUUUUAUUUUUUAUACUGGAACCGAACCCACAACCCUGGCGUUGCAAAUGCCAUGCUCUACCAACUGAGCUACAUCCCUGCCGGCCAUUCCCUCCCCUACCCUGGACGACGCUGGGCCAAUUGUGCGCCGCCCCAUGGGUCUCCCGGUCGCGGCCGGCUACGACAGAGCCUGGAUUCGAACAAGGAUCUCUAGUGGCACAGCUAGUGCUGCGAUGCAGUGCCUUAGACCACUGCGCCACUCGGGAGUCUUCUUAGGUAUGACGCUACAAGCUUGGCACACCUGUAUUUGAGGAGUUUCUCCCUUUCUUCUCUGCAGAUCAUCUCAAGCUCUGUCAGGUUGGAUUGGGAGCGUCGCUGCACAGCUAUUUUCAGGUCUCUCCAGAGAUGUUAGAUCGGGUUCAAGUCCGGGCUCUGGCUGGGCCACUCAAGGACAUUCAGAGACUUGUCCCAAAGCCACUCCUGUGUGUCUUGGCUGUGUGCUUAGGGUCGUUGUCCUGUUGGAAGGUGAAACUUCAUCCAUGUCUGUGGUCCUGUCUGAGGUCUUUGCCUCGAUCCUGACAAGACUCCCAGUCCCUGCCUUUGAAAACAUCCCCACACAUGAUGGUGUCACCACCAUGCUUCACCGUAGCUAUGGUGCCAGCUUUCCUCCAGACAUGACGCUUGGCAUUCAGGCAAAAUAGUUGAAUCUUGGUUUCAUCAGACCAGAUAAUCUUGUUUCUCAUUGUCUGGGAGUCUUUAGGUGCCUUUUGGCAAACUCCAAGCGGGCUGUCAUGUGCCUUUUACUGAGGAGUGGCUUCUGUCUGGCCACUCUACCAUAAAGGCCUGAUUGGGGGACUGCUGCAGAUAUGGUUGUCCUUCUGGAAGGUUCUCCCAUCACCACAGAGCAACUCUGAAGCUCUGAGUGAUUAUCUGGUUUUUGGUCACCUCCCUGACCAAGGCCCUUCUCUCCCGACUGCUCAGUUUGGCCGGAAGGCCAGGUCUAGGAAGAGUAUUGGUGGUUCCAAACUUCUUCCAAUUAAGAAUGAUGGAGGCCACUUUGUUCUUGGGGACCUUCAAUGCUGCAGAAAUGUUUAGGUACCCUUCCCCAGAUCUGUGCUUCGACACAAUCCUGUCUUGGACCUGUACGGACAAUUCCUUCGACCUCAUGGCUUGGUUUUUGCUCUGACAUGCACUGUCAACUGUGGGACCUUAUAUAGACAGGUGUGUGCCUUUCCAAAUCAUGUCCAAUCAAUUGAAUUUACCACAGGUGGACUCCAAUCAAGUUGUAGAAACAUCUUAAGGAUGAUUAAUGGAAACAGGAUGCACCUGAGCUCAAUUUCGAGUCUCAUAGCAAAGGGUCUGAAUAUUUAUGUAACUAAGGUAUAAAAAAAAGUAUAUAUUAUAAAUGUGCAAACAUUUCUAAAAACCUGUUUCCGCUUUGUCGUUGUGGGAUAUUGUGUGUAGAGUUAUGAAAUAUUUGGAUUUAUUUAAUCCAUUUUAGAAUAAAGCUGUAACGUAACAAAAUGUGGAAAAAGUCAUGGGGUCUGAAUACCGACUCCCGAAUGCACUGUAUGUAUGUAUGUAUGUAUGUAUGUAUGUACAGUGGGGAAAAAAAGUAUUUAGUCAGCCACCAAUUGUGCAAGUUCUCCCACUUAAAAAGAUGAGAGAGGCCUGUAAUUUUCAUCAUAGGUACACGUCAACUAUGACAGACAAAUUGAGGAAAGAAAAUCCUGAAAAUCACAUUGUAGGAUUUUUUAUUAAUUUAUUUCUAAUUUAUGGUGGAAAAUAAGUAUUUGGUCACCUACAAACAAGCAAGAUUUCUGGCUCUCACAGACCUGUAACUUCUUCUUUAAGAGGCUCCUCUGUCCUCCACUCAUUACCUGUAUUAAUGGCACCUGUUUGAACUUGUUAUCAGUAUAAAAGACACCUGUCCACAACCUCAAACAGUCACACUCCAAACUCCACUAUGGCCAAGACCAAAGAGCUGUCAAAGGACACCAGAAACAAAAUUGUAGACCUGCACCAGGCUGGGAAGACUGAAUCUGCAAUAGGUAAGCAGCUUGGUUUGAAGAAAUCAACUGUGGGAGCAAUUAUUAGGAAAUGGAAGACAUACAAGACCACUGAUAAUCUCCCUCGAUCUGGGGCUCCACGCAAGAUCUCACCCCGUCGGGUCAAAAUGAUCACAAGAACGGUGAGCAAAAAUCCCAGAACCACACGGGGGGACCUAGUGAAUGACCUGUAGAGAGCUGGGACCAAAGUAACAAAGCCUACCAUCAGUAACACACUACGCCGCCAGGGACUCAAAUCCUGCAGUGCCAGACGUGUCCCCCUGCUUAAGCCAGUACAUGUCCAGGCCCGUCUGAAGUUUGCUAGAGUGCAUUUGGAUGAUCCAGAAGAGGACCAGGAGAAUGUCAUAUGGUCAGAUGAAACCAAAAUAGAACUUUUUGGUAAAAACUCAACUCGUCGUGUUUGGAGGACAAAGAAUGCUGAGUUGCAUCCAAAGAACACCAUACCUACUGUGAAGCAUGGGGGUGGAAACAUCAUGCUUUGGGGCUGUUUUUCUGCAAAGGGACCAGGACGACUGAUCCGUGUAAAGGAAAGAAUGAAUGGGGCCAUGUUUCGUGAGAUUUUGAGUGAAAACCUCCUUCCAUCAGCAAGGGCAUUGAAGAUGAAACGUGGCUGGGUCUUUCAGCAUGACAAUGAUCCCAAACACACCGCCCGGGCAACGAAGGAGUGGCUUCAUAAGAAGCAUUUCAAGGUCCUGGAGUGGCCUAGCCAGUCUCCAGAUCUCAACCCCAUAGAAAAUCUUUGGAGGGAGUUGAAAGUCCAUGUUGCCCAGCGACAGCCCCAAAACAUCACUGCUCUAGAGGAGAUCUGCAUGGAGGAAUGGGCCAAAAUACCAGCAACAGUGUGUGAAAACCUUGUGAAGACUUACAGAAAACGUUUGACCUGUGUCAUUGCCAACAAAGGGUAUAUAACAAAGUAUUGAGAAACUUUUGUUAUUGACCAAAUACUUAUUUUCCACCAUAAUUUGCAAAUAAAUUCAUAAAAAAUCCUACAAUGUGAUUUUCUGGAUUUUUUUUUCUCAUUUUGCCUGUCAUAGUUGACGUGAACCUAUGAUGAAAAUUACAGGCCUCUCUCAUCUUUUUAAGUGGGAGAACUUGCACAAUUGGUGGCUGACUAAAUACUUUUUUCCCCCACUGUAUGUAUGUAUACUCAUUCAAGGGUUUUUCUUUAUUUUUACUAUUUUUUACAUUGUAGAAAUGACACGUAAUCAUGUAGUAACCAAAAAAGUGUUGAACAAAUCAAAAUAUAUGUUAUAUUUGAGAUUCUUCAAAUAGCCACCGUUUGCCUUGAUGACAGCUUUGCACACUGUUGGCAUUCUCUCAACCAGCUUCAUGAGGUAGUCACCUGGAAUGCAUUUCAAAUAACAGGUGUGCCUUGUUAAAUUGUGGAAUUUAUUUCCUUCUUAAUGCAUUUGAGCCAAUCAGUUGUGUUGUGUCAAGGUAGGGUGAGGAAGGAAUCAGCCCAGAACUACAGAACGGUGAGGAAUCAGCCCAGAACUACACAGGAGGAUCUUGUUAAUGAUCACAAGGCAUCUGGGACCAUAGUCACCAAGAAAACAAUUGGUAACACACUACGCCGUGAAGGACUGAAAUCCUGCAGCGCCAGCAAGGUCCCCCUGCUCAAGAAAGCACAUAUACAGGGCCGUCUGAAGUUUGCCAAUGAACAUCUGAAUGAUUCAGAGGAGAACUGGGUGAAAGUGUUGUGGUCAGAUGAGAGACAAAUCGAUCUCUUUGGCAUCAACUCAACUCGCCGUGCUUGGAGGAGGAGGAGGAAUGCUGCCUAUGACCCCAAGAACACCAUCCCCCCCGUCAAACAUGGAGGUGGAAACAUUAUGCUUUGGGGGUGAUUUUCUGCUAAGAGAACAGGACAACUUCACCGCAUCAAAGGGGAUGAUGGACGGGGCCAUGUACCGUCAAAUCUUGGGUGAGAACCUCCUUCCCUCAGCCAGGGCAUUGAAAAUGGGUCGUGGAUGGGUAUUCCAGCAUGACAAUGACCCAAAACACAUGGCCAAGUCAACAAAGGAGUGGCUCAAGAAGAAGCACAUUAAGGUCCUGGAGUGGCCUAGCCAGUCUCCAGACCUUAAUCCCAUAGAAAAUUUGUGGAGGGUAGCUGAAGGUUAGAGUUGCCUAACAUCAGCCUUGAAACCUUAAUGACUUGGAGAAGAUCUGCGAAGAGGAGUGGGACAAAAUCCCUCCUGAGAUGUGUGCAAACCUGGUGGCCAACUACAAUAAACUUCUGACCUCUGUGAUUGCCAACAAGGGUUUUGCCACCAAGUACUAAGUCAUGUUUUGCAGAGGGGUCAAAAUGCAAAUCAAUUUAUAAAAUUUUUGACAUGCGUUUUUCUGGAUUUUUGUUGUUGUCAUUCUGUCUCUCACUGUUCAAAUAUACCUACCAUUAAAAUUAUAGACUGAUCAUGUCUUUGUUAGUGGGCAAACAUACAAAAUCAGCAGGGGAUCAAAUACUUUUUUUCCCUCACUGUAGCGGUUUGUCAGGACCUUCAUGAAAUGGGUUUCCAUGGCCAAACCUCCGCACACAAGCCUAAGAUCUGCACAGACCUGCACAGAUGUAUGCACUCACUAACUGUGUCUCUCUGGAUAAGAGCAUCUGCUAAAUGACUAAAAUGAAAAUGUGUGUGUGUGUGUGUGUGUGUGUGUGUGUGUGUGUGUGUAAAAUAAUUAUUUUCAGGAUGGAUAAACUUUUCAGUGUAAACCUAAAUAACUGAAACCAGAUAUAAAAUAUGUAGAAAAUAUAAUGGCUAUAUAAUUUUUAAAUAAGAUCAUCUUUGAGAACUACAAAUCACUAAAAUUAAAGCUAGACAGUCAUGGCAUGGUGCCCCCAUUGAUUUUGUUAUAAUGUUUGAGUCACUCAGAUGGUGUAAGCCAUGGCAAAAUGUGUAGAAUUGCAGGAAAUUAGCUAACAAAAAAAAUUCUCUGCCACAUGUCAAUGUGUAGAAUUGCAAGAAAUGAGCUUUAAAACAGCUACAUUUUGUCACUGGCCGACAUGAGGGCUUCUAAACUGUUCAGUUGGUGAUGGCAUCAUUGGCCAUGCCCCCGCCACGCCCACCACAUAAGCCCCAUUUUGAGUUACUGUUAGACCAUUCCUGGUGAACAAGCAAACUAUUAGGCCACAGUAGUUCUAAUGGUUUCAAUGUUAUGGUCUUCAAUGGUAAAAGUCCCAAACACACACUGUAUAGUAUUUUGCAAUUGGUGUUGUUGGGUUUAAUGGUACAUGUCACUAAUCACAAUACAUAUAGAGCUGUUUCCUGAUAAUGUUAUUGAAAAACCAUAAGACUGACAUGCAAUUCAUUAUUUUAUUAGGGUUGUCACAACAUUUUAGACCCUAGCCCAUUUCUCCAUCAAAGUUUUGGGCUUGUAGGAUAAGUUUUCAUAUGAAGAUCGCGUAGCGAUAGCCCUCUCAGAGAGUUUGGUUGAAGCAUUAGGUUGCUAAGAGAAGUCAAACUGAAUUGCUUUCAAGGAGGACUGGCUUGAAUUGAGGAUGACCACAAUUUAUUUUCAUAAUGAGCCAAAUCUAUUGGUUUAGAACCCAAAGUUGCAAAGGAAAUGUGGUGAUCUAUUUAGUGAACACAAGAGACCAGGAAAAUGGAUAAGAAUGUGGCGUUAUAGCAAGAACAGUGGCAUCUAGUGGUCAAAACCUGUUACUUUCACAGGACUUUAUGGUAAAUAAUGCAAGCGACUUUACUUACUAAUUUCUCAGAACAGUGGGGAAAAACCAUCACCAGAUUCACAGGGAAUACAUUACAUAUGGAGAAGCUAUACUUCAAGCCACAGCUUCAUGCUGCUUUUCAAACAGAGAACUGAUACUGUAUACUGGUUGUUAGGGUGGGAUUGGUGUGGGGGUCCAUGGGUGGCUUUUGAUUUUUUGGGGGGGGACUCCUUUAACGCAGACGCUGGGAGAUGAGAAGCAAGUACAGGGUGAGGGUUUAAUAAUAAAUAAAUAAACAGAACAAAACAAGAACCGUGUCUGGACAUGAGAAACAUAACAUCAAUGCUGACUGAGGAAUGAACCUGAGGGAGUGACAGAUAUAGGGGAGGUAAUCAAUGACGUGAUGGAGUCCAGGUGAGUCCCAUAAUUAAGCGCAAGUGCUCAUAACGAUGGUGGCAGGUGUGUGUAAUGAUGAGUGAACUGGUGACCUAGAGCAGCGGAGAGGGGGAGCGGGAGUAGACGUGACAAUUCCUCAUGUCUUACUCAUUGGUAGGAAGAAGUUUGGUCCAAAUCAGAUUUUGGGUACUAUAUUUCUUGAACAUUAUCUGAAUCUUAUAAAUGAAAAUGGCCAAUUUGGGCGCAAUCAAUUAGCUUAAUUUCUCAGAAAUAAAAAUAUAUUUAAACAAAAUAAUGUUUCAGGAAUACUAAACGUAUCUGUUAAUAACUACAGAAACAAUUUCAGAACAAUCUGAGAAGGUGGAUGUCGAAAUCCACUUUUUUGUGCUUUUUCAGGUGGAACGACCAUUUUGCCAUUGCUUGAAUGAAAAGUCCUUGUAGAAAAAUGUGAAGCAUAUGAGUGGAGCCCAUGUGUGAUCUGUCCAGUACAGAACUGGCUAGAUAGACUGAGGCAGAACACCAUUGAGCUUGGAAUUUAAUACAGUUCAGAACUCUAGACGAUUUAGUGAGUUAGUGGAGUGCGAAAGGUGGAGAGAUGGAGGAAAGUCAUUUCUCAGCAGUGAUAAGCAACUGUGUGUAUUGUAUUCAUCAGGGGAAAGAUAUCUUGCGGUAUAUGAACACAGAAGAGCUGUGUCAUGAGGAGCCGUUUUAGUCACAAAGCUCGAGACUUUCUGGGAAAGUACUCGCUACAAGGUUUGAGAGGCAGUAUGCCAUUCAGGGUACUGCUAUACCUGAGAUUUUAGCCAUGGUUCAAAUAUUCAGUAGACCGCUUGAUGCUUUCCUUCUAUUACUAUAGUCACACUGUAGUGUAUCACUUUAAUAACAUGUCAUGUAAUUUUCCUCCAAAGGGGCUAAAUCUUCAGGGAUGAUAGGCCCUAAAUUGCAUUAGCUAGACCUUUAACUCAGUUCAGUAUCCCCGUCCGAGGUUUCUCUGCAAUACUACAGAUCUUGUAAUUGUCAACUAAAUUGCUGAGUAGGCCCAUGUGCAGCCAACUGCCAACAACAGCGGCUAUUGCUCCAUAUAGUGCCUCCAGCCUUGAAAGUGCUGUGUAGACUUAAGUAGAUUUAGAACAUUUGUUUGCCCUCUCAGAACCCUCUCCAAGGGUUCUGGUGUUGUUCAUUAGGUGCAAAAUCUCAUGAAAUACAGAAAUAUUUCAUUUACAUAAGUAUUCACACCCUUGAAUCGAUUCAUGUUAGAAUCACCUUUGGCAGCGAUUACAGCCUCAAAUCCUUCUGGGUAAGUCUCUAAGGCUAUGUGCACCUGGAUUGUACAAUAUUUGCCCAUUAUUAUUUUCAAAAUCCUUCACACGUAGUGAAAUUGAUUGUUGACCAUUGCUAGACAACCAUUUUUCAAGUCUAGCUAUAGAUUUUCAAAAAUAUUUAAUCAAAACUGUAACUUUCUACUCAGGAACAUUCACUGUCUUCUUGGUAAGCAACUCCAGUGUAGAUUUGGCCUUGUGUUUUAGGUUGUUGUCCUGCUGAUCUCCCAGACUGGUGGAAAGCACACAGAACCAAGUUUUCCUCUAGGAUUUUGCCUGGGCUUAGCUCCAUUUUGUUUGUUUUUUUAAUCCUGAAAAACUCCUCAGUCCUUAACGAUUACAAGCAUACCCAUAACAUGAUGCAGCCACCACUAUGCUUGAAAAUAUGGAGAGUAGUACUCAGUAAUGUGUUGUAUUAGAUUUACCUCAAACAUAACAGUUUUUAUUCAGGACAAAAAUGUAAAAAAAAUUUUUUGCAGUAUUACUUUAGUGUCUUGUUGCAAACAGGAUGCAUGUUUUGGAAUAUUUGUAUUCUGUACAAGCUUCCUUAUUUUCACUCUGUCAAUUAGGUUAGUAUUGUGGAGUAACUACAAUGUUGUUGAUCCAUCUUCAGUUUUCUCCUAUUACAGCCGCUAAACUCUGUAACUAUUUUAAAGUCACUAUUGAUCUCAUAGUGAAAUCCCUGAGCGGUUUCCUUCCUCUCCGGCAACUGAGUUAGGAAGAACGCCUGUCUUUGUAGUGACUGGGUGUAUAGAUACAGUUGAAGUCGGAAGUUUACAUACACUUAGGUUGGAGUAAUUUAAAACUUGUUUUUCAACCACUCCACAAAUGUCUUGUUAACAAACUAUAGUUUUGGCAAGUCGGUUAGGACAUUUACUUUGUGCAUGACACAAGUAAUUUUUCUAACAGUUGUUUACAGACAGAUUAUUUCACUUAUAAGUCACUGUAUCACAAUUCCAGUGGGUCAGAAGUUUACAUACACUAAGUUGACUGUGUCUUUAAACAGCUUGGAAAAUUCCAGAAAAUGAUGUCAUGGCUUUAGAAGUGUCUGAUAGGCUAAUUGACAUCAUUUGAGUCAAUUGGAGGUGUACCUGUGGAUGUAUUUCAAGGCCUACCUUCAAACUCAAUGCCUCUUUGAUUGACAUCAUGGGAAAAUCAAAAUAAAUCAGGCAAGGCCUCAGAAAAAAAAGUGUAUACCUCCACAAGUCUGGUUCAUCCUUGGGAGCAAUUUACAAACGCCUGAAGGUACCACGUUCAUCUGUACAAACAAAAGUAUGCAAGUAUAUACCCCAUGGGACCACGCAGCCGUCAUACUGCUCAGGAAGGAGACGCGUUCUGUCUCCUAGAGAUGAACAUACUUUGGUGCGAAAAGUGCAAAUCAAUCCCAGAACAACAGCAAAGGACCUUGUGAAGGUGCUGGAGGAAACGGGUACAAAAGUAUAUACAUCCACAGUAAAACGAGUUCUAUAUCGACAUAACCUGAAAGGCCGCUCAGCAAGGAAGAAGCCACUGCUCCAAAACCGCCAUAAAAAAGCCAGGCUACAGUUUGCAACUGCACAUGGGGACAAAGAUUGUACUUUUUGGAGAAAUGUCCUCUGGUCUGAUGAAACAAAAAUAAAAAACUGUUUGGCCAUAAUGACCAUCGUUAUGUUUGGAGGAAAAAGGGGGUCGCUUGCAAGCCGACGAACACCAUCCCAAACGUGUAGCACGGGGGUGGCAGCAUCAUGCUGUGGGGGUGCUUUGCUGCAGGAGGGACUGGUGCACAAAAUAGAUGGCGUCGUGAGGAAGGAAAAUUAUGUGGAUAUAUUGAAGCAACAUCUCAAAACAUCAGUCAGGAAGUUAAAGCUUGGUCGCAAAUGGGUCUUCCAAAUGGACAAUGACCCCAAGCAUAUUUCCAAAGUUGUGCCAAAAUGCUUAAGGACAACAAAAUCAAGGUAUUGGAGUGGCCAUCACAAAGCCCUGACCUCAAUCCUAUAGAAAAUGUGUGGGCAGAACUGAAAAAGCGUGUGCGAGCAAGGAGGCCUACAAACCUGACUCAGUUACACCAGCUCUGUCAGGAGGAAUGGGCCAAAAUUCACCCAACAUAUUGUGGGAAGCUUGUGGAAGGCUACCCGACAUGUUUGACCCAAGUUAAAUAAUUUAAAGGCAAUGCUUUCAAAUACUAAUUGAGUGUAUGUAAACUUCUGACCCACUGGGAAUGUGAUGAAAGAAAUAAAAGCUUAAAUAAAUCAUUCUUUACUAUUAUUCUGACAUUUCACAUUCUUAAAAUAAAGUGGUGGUCCUAACUAACCUAAGACAGGGAAUUUUUACUAGGAUUAAAUGUCAGGAAUUGUGAAAAACUGAGUAAAAAUGUAUUUGGCUAAGGUGUAUGUAAACUUCUGACUUCAACUGUACACCAUCCAAAGUGUAAUUAAUAACUUCACCAUGCUCAAAGGGAUAUUCAAUGUCAGAUUCUAACAAUAGGUGCCCUUCUUUGCGAGGCAUUGGAAAUGUUAAACACUAUUUAUUGCACACAGUCCAUGCAACUUAUUAUGUGACCUGGUAAGCACAUUUUUACUCCUGAACUUAUUUAGGCGUGCCAUAACAAAGGGGUUGAAUACUUAUUGACUCAAGACAUUUCAGCUUUUCAUUUUUAAUUAAUCUGUAAAAAAAAAUAAAAAAAAUAAAAGAUCAUUCCACUUUGACAUUAUGGGAUAUAAUUGUGUGUACAGUCAUGGUCAACAUUUUUGAGAAUGACACAUACUAAUUUUCACAAAGUCUGCUGCCUCAGUUUUGAUUAUGGCAAUUUGCAUAUACUCCAGAAUGUCAUGAAGAGUGAUCAGAUGAAUUGCAAUUAAUUGCAAAGUCCCGCUUUGCCAUGAAAAUGAACUUAAUCUCAAAAAAACAUUUCCACUGCAUUUCAGCCCUGCCACAAAAGGACCAGCUGCCAUCAUGUCAGUGAUUCUCUCGUUAACACAGGUGAGUGUUGACGAGGACAAGGCUGGAGAUCACUAUGUCAUGCUGAUUGAGUUAGAAUAACAGACUGGAAGCUUUAAAAGGAGGGUGGUGCUUGAAAUCAUUGUUCUUCCUCUGUUAACCAUGGUUACCUGCAAGGAAACACGUGCCGUCAUCAUUGCUUUGCACAAAAAGGGCUUCACAGGCAAGGAUAUUGCUGCUAGUUAGAUUGCACCUAAAUCAACCAUUUAUCGGAUCAUCAAGAACUUCAAGGAGAGAGGUUCAAUUGUUGUGAAGAAGGCGUCAGGGCGCCCAAGAAAGUCCAGCAAGCGCCAGGACCGUCUCCUAAAGUUGAUUCAGCUGCGGGAUCGGGGCACCAGUGCAGAGCUUGCUCAAGAAUGGCAGCAGGCAGGUGUGAGUGCAUCUGCAUGCACAGUGAGGCGAAAACUUUUGGAGGAUGUCCUGGUGUCAAGAAGGGCAGCAAAGAAGCCACUUCUCUCCAGGAAAAACAUCAGGGACAGACUGAUAUUCUGCAAAAGGUACAGGGAUUGGACUGCUGAGGACUGGGGUAAAGUCAUUUUCUCUGAUGAAUCCCCUUUCUGAUUGUUUGGGGCAUCCGGAAAGCACCUUGUCCGGAGAAGACAAGGUGAGCGCUACCAUCAGUCCUGUGUCAUGCCAAUAGUAAAGCAUCCUGAGACCAUUCAUGUGUGGGGUUGCUUCUCAGCCAAGGGAGUGGGCUCACUCACAAUUUUGUCUAAGAACACAGCCAUGAAUAAAGAAUGGUACCAACAUAUCCUCCGAGAGCAGCUUCUCCCAACCAUCCAAGAACAGUUUGGUGACGACCAAUGCCUUUUCCAGCAUGAUGGAGCACCUUGCCAUAAGGAAAAAGUGAUAACUAAGUGGCUCGGGGAACAAAACAUCUACAUUUUGGGUCCAUGGCCAGGAAACGCCCCAGACCUUAAUCCCAUUGAGAACUUGUGGUCGAUCCUCAAGAGGCAGGUGGACAAACAAAAACCCACAAAUUCUGACAAACUCCAAGCAUUGAUUAUGCAAGAAUGGGCUGCCAUCAGUCAGGAUGUGGCCCAGAAGUUAAUUGACAGCAUGCCAGGGCGGAUUGCAGAGGUCUUGAAAAAGAAGGGUCAACACUGCAAAUAUUGACUCUUUGCAUAAACUUAAUGUAAUUGUCAAUAAAAGCCUUUGACACUUAUGGAAUGCUUGUAAUUAUACUUCAGUAUACCAUAGUAACAUCUGAAAAAUAUCUCAUAACACUGAAGCAGCGAACUUUGUGAAGACCAAUACUUGUCAUUCUCAAAACUUUUGACCACGACUGUAGACCAGUGACAAAAAAAUCCCAAUUUAAUCAAUUUAAAAUUCUGUCUGUAACACAACAAAAUGUGGAAAAAGUCAAGGGGCGUGAAUACUUUGUCCAUGCUAUCACAUCGGGACCAAAAAUCUUGUUUGUUUUUUCCUAGGAUUCGAAGCCCAUGUCAGGACUUGCCAGUGACCUCUAAAGUCACUUGUCAGUGUAGCCUGGUGAUGGGUUGUUUGCAAUCAAACUUCUCUUUUUGAAUGGAUCUUUUAGGUGAAUGUCGAGAACCGAAUCGCAUCAGUGACAGAGCCGUUCAUUUGACUCCCUAAUUUGCAUACUGUAGGCUACUACUGCUUUUUGUAGAUUAUCUGCAGAUAGAUUAUGAAAACAUUCAAUGGAAGUGUUGAAUCUUCACUGCAGGAACAAUAGGUAGUGGAAAGAGAGCCUCAUUCUAGUACAAAAUAAGAUAAAAGAAAACAGAUUGAAGGUUAUUAUAUGGUAUUAUUAAAUAUAUUGAUAAAGGCCUACUGAUUUGAUUAAUGGAGUAGUCAACUGCUGCCUCUGUGUAGCAAAGCCCAUGUUUAACACCUGCUUCAUUCUUCAAUCAUACCUGUAGGUCUAUUCAUGGACGCCUGACUUUGUGCACCCCCACUUUUAUAUAAUCUGUCAGUCCGGGGGUCCUCCCCCUGAAACUAUUUGCGUUUUUCAACCUAUAUUGUUUCUCAACAGGGAAUCCAUGUUUACUUUACUGAACACAACUUUUUUUCUUUGGUUUUUGCCACAAUAAACUAAAUUGAAAGAGUAGAGUAGACUAGUUUUUCUGACAAGUUUACUAAUCUACCACCUUCCCUCAAAGUCCCACCCACAGUGAUUGAUUGACAGGUCUGAAACCCUGCCAACUCUGUGACUCACAAACAUCCUGCCCCCUCCCCUGACAAUCCCACCCGCUGUGAUUAACAGGCCAAACUGUUAAAGGGAUAGUUCACCCAAAUUACAGAAUUACAUAUUGGUUUCCUUACCCUUAGUGUCCGCAGCCACAGAGCCUAUAAAAUACAUAAAUUGAAGAACAAACAUAAUUGUGGCAAUUCAUAUCUUGCAGUAAAACUGUUAAUAUGACUUUAAUGUCAAGACAAGACGGGUUUAAUGUUAAAGGUUAUCUUACUUAGAAAAUAGUCCUGAUCAUAUAGGUCUAGACAAUAUUCAAAACAACUAACACACCGAAUUCAUACAUUUUCAGUAAUUUGAAUUGUGAAGUCAUGUUUUUCUACUGAAUAACACAACUAAUUUUACCAAUCUGGGAAGUUGAGAAAAAAUCUGGGAAGUAAAGUCGUUAAAGUGUUCAAUAAUUUAGCUGUGUAUUUCGGAUGCAAUCAAAGCAUUAGAAUGUACCAGAGGCCACCAAUAUAUAGCUUUUUUGGUUUGGCUAGCUACAUGUACUUAGGGAAAACACUGCCAGUCUAUUAAAUUCUUGUCUUACACGCUAGGCUACACAGUGUCUUACAGUUCCAACAAUACACAGAUCAGUGAUUAUAAGUAGCCAUAGCCUACUUCCUCAAAGUGUGAAGUGCCGUAGUAAGCCUGAUUGAUAGAUUCCUUGGAUUGGGGAGGAGGUGGUUAAUCACAGGCAUCCCAAAAAUGGAAUCCAGAAAUCCAUUUCACAAUUUAGAUUGUGUGAGAGGUUCUCUGCUUACUCAGCUGCUUGUACUAUGGGCCCUGGUCAAAAGUAGUGCACUGUAUAAGAGAGGUGCCAUUUGGGAGAUGCAGCAGAUGUCUUCGUUGGAGGGGGUCAGGCUCAGUCCAAGCCCUAACCUACAGCUGUCACUCAUGGCCCGGGUCGUAUUCAUCACGAACCAAAUGGAAGAAAACAGACCAAAACAGGGAGCGACUACCUGAACUUGUCCAAUAAGAAAACGCUCAUUUAUGUUGUGAAACGUUUUGCUACAGUAUGCACUAAUGAGUACGACCCUGGGCUGGGUCCUGUACCUGACGAGGCCUAGCUAUGAUACAUCUGAAAUGGCACCCUACUCUCUAUAACAUAGGCUAGUGAACUACCUUUUGACCAGACCAGACCCCACAAUGGCCCAGGUCCUUCAUGGAAAGAUGAAUUGGUUCCAUUUAGCCUACUUCUCUAGAAAAUGCCUAUGUAAUCGUUCUGAACUGAAGUGACACUGGAGCUAUGUGCCUGUGCGCAGGUACACAAAUUACAUCUGGGCCAAAACUAUUAGUUAAUCAAAGAUGAACUGGUCUGGUCCCAAUAGAUGUAAAACAUUAGGCUAUGUAGUAAUGGCUUACAGUCUCUACCUGCUCAUAUUCUUCUGAGAUGUUUCUAUUUCUCCUAUACUUGGUCUGAUUGACUAGCAUCCUGUCCAUGGGAUGUACUUGUAGCCUACAUCAAGCUGCCUUACGCUACAGAAAUAGGAGGUUGGCUCGGACAAGGCUUACUCUAGUCUGUCUGAAUUGUUGCUGUAGUAGUAAGUAGCCUACAAUCAUUGUGGGGAUUGUUCAAUUCUACUGGCACAUGAUGUUAUGAAUCCUAUGUGGUUGUAUAACUGGUAGCCCCCAGGGCCGGCUGGUUUUAUUUGCUGUCAGCAAGACAAGCAUCAGUACAGCACAGUCAUCUAUGUGGGUAUGGGGAAACGGGAAUAUCAGGAUCCAAAUUUGUUGAAUGCUGACUGAGUGACGAUGGAGGAGAUUUGUUUAAUUUACAAUGGCUUUGUUGUACCUAUGAUGACUGAAGGAUAUCAGCAUUGGCUGCAAACGUCUUAAAUUACACCUUUACCUACCUCUUUAUUGUUAGUACAUUUAUCAAAUUCAAUCAAAUGUAUUUAUAAAGCCCUUUUUACAUCUGGUAGAGCACGUAAGUCGCUUUGGAUAAAAGUGUCUGCUAAAUGGCAUAUUAUUAUUAUUAUUAUUAUUAUUAUUAUUAUUAUUAUUAUUAUUAUUAUUAUUACUGUACAGAAACACAGCCUAAAACCCCAAACAGCAAGCAAUGCAGAUGUAGAAGCAUGGUGGCUAGGAAAAACUCCCUAGAAAGGCAGGAACCUAGGAAGAAACCUAGAGAGGAACCAGGCUCUGAGGGGUGGCCAGUCCUCUUCUGGCUGUGCCGGGUGGAGAUUAUAAGAGUACAUGGCCAUUUAAGGCCAGAUUUUGUUCUUCAAGAUGUUCAAACGUUCAUAGAUGACCAGCAGGGUCAAAUAAUACAGUGGGGGAAAAAAGUAUUUAGUCAGCCACCAAUUGUGCAAGUUCUCCCACUUAAAAAGAUGAGAGCGGCCUGUAAUUUUCAUCAUAGGUACACGUCAACCAUGACAGACAAAAUGAGAUUUUUUUUCCAGAAAAUCACAUUGUAGGAUUUUUUAUGUAUUUAUUUGCAAAUUAUGGUGGAAAAUAAGUAUUUGGUCAGUAACAAAAGUUUCUCAAUACUUUGUUAUAUACACUUUGUUGGCAAUGACACAGGUCAAACAUUUUCUGUAAGUCUUCACAAGGUUUUCACACACUGUUGCUGGUAUUUUGGCCCAUUCCUCCAUGCAGAUCUCCUCUAGAGCAGUGAUGUUUUGGGGCUGUCGCUGGGCAACACAGACUUUCAACUCCCUCCAAAGAUUUUCUAUGGGGUUGAGAUCUGGAGACUGGCUAGGCCACUCCAGGACCUUGAAAUGCUUCUUACGAAGCCACUCCUUCGUUGCCCGGGCGGUGUGUUUGGGAUCAUUGUCAUGCUGAAAGACCCAGCCAUGUUUAAUCUUCAAUGCCCUUGCUGAUGGAAGGAGGUUUUCACUCAAAAUCUCACGAUACAUGGCCCCAUUCAUUCUUUCCUUUACACGGAUCAGUCGUCCUGGUCCCUUUGCAGAAAAACUGCCCCAAAGCAUGAUGUUUCCACCCCCAUGCUUCACAGUAGGUAUGGUGUUCUUUGGACGCAACUCAGCAUUCUUUGUCCUCCAAACACGACGAGUUGAGUUUUUACCAAAAAGGUCUAUUUCGGUUUCAUCUGACCAUAUGACAUUCUCCCAAUCCUCUUCUGGAUCAUCCAAAUGCACUCUAGCAAACUUCAGACGGGCCUGGACAUGUACUGGCUUAAGCAGGGGGACACGUCUUGCACUGCAGGAUUUGAGUCCCUGGCGGCGUAGUGUGUUACUGAUGGUAGGCUUUGUUACUUUGGUCCCAGCUCUCUGCAGGUCAUUCACUAGGUCCCCCCGUGUGGUUCUGGGAUUUUUGCUCACCGUUCUUGUGAUCAUUUUGACCCCACGGGGUGAGAUCUUGCGUGGAGCCCCAGAUCGAGGGAGAUUAUCAGUGGUCUUGUAUGUCUUCCAUUUCCUAAUAAUUGCUCCCACAGUUGAUUUCUUCAAACCAAGCUGCUUACCUAUUGCAGAUUCAGUCUUCCCAGCCUGGUGCAGGUCUACAAUUUUGUUUCUGGUGUCCUUUGACAGCUCUUUGGUCUUGGCCAUAGUGGAGUUUGGAGUGCGACUGUUUGAGGUUGUGGACAGGUGUCUUUUAUACUGAUAACAAGUUCAAACAGGUGCCAUUAAUACAGGUAACGAGUGGAGGUGACAGAGGGAGGCCUCUUAAAUGAAGAAGGUGACCAGGCUGUGAGAGCCCGAAAUUCUGCUUGUUUUGUAUAAUAUAAUAUAAUAUAUCCAAGCAUUGUAGGGACCAAACUAUUUUCACAUAUUGCAAAAAUCAUUAAAAUCUAGCAAUGUGAUUUUCUGUUUUUUUUUCCAUUGUCGCAUAGUUGAUGUGUACUAUGAUUACAGGCCUCUCUCAUCUUUUUAAGUGGGAGAACUUGCACAAUUGGUGGCAGACUAAAUACUUUUUCCCACCACUGUAAUAAACAGUGGUUGUAGGAGGGGUGCAACAGGAUAAUGUCAGUACCGACAUUCACAAAGAGAGUAAAUGUCAGUUGGCUUUUCAUAGCCGAGCAUUCAGAGGUCGAGACAGCAGGUGCCGUAAAGAGGGAGAGAGAGACUCCAGUGCAUUGCCGUUCACCUUCGCACCCCUGGGCCAGACUACACUCAAUCAUAGGACCUACUGAAGAGAUGAGUCUUCUGUAAAGACUUAAAGGUCCAGACUGAGUCUGCGGCUCUCACAUGGAUAGGCAGAUCAUUCCAUAAAAAUGUAGCUCUAUAGGAGAAAUCCCUGCCUCCAGCUGUUUGCUUGGAUAUUCUGGGACAAUAAGGAGGCCUGCAUCUUGUGACCAUAGCGUACGUGUAGGUAUGUACGGCAGGACCAAAUCGGAGAGAUAAGUAGGAGCAAGCCCAUGUAGUGCUUUGUAGUUUAGCAGUAAAACCUUGAAAUCAGCCCUAGCCUUAACAGGAAGCCAGUGUAGAGGCUAGCACUGGAGUAAAAUGAUCAAAUGUUUUGGUUCUAGUCAGGACUCUAGCAGCCGUGUUUAGCACUAACUGAAGUUUAUUUAGUGCUUUAUCCGGGUUGCCGGAGAGUAGAGCAUAGCAGUAGUCUAAUCUAGAAAUGACAAAAGCAUGGAUUAGCUUUCUGCAUCAUUUUUGGACAAACAUUUUCUGAUUUUUGCAUUGUUACGAUAAUGCUUUCCUUUAAAUAUUCUUGAAAUGUUCUACAAAAGAGAGAUCAGGGUCCAGAGUAACGCCGAGGUCCUUCAGUUUUAUUUCGGACAACUGUACAACCAUCAAGAUUAAACGCUCAAUACCCUUUGAAUAUGGCCGGUGUCAGUAAACAUCAGCAAAAAAGCGUAGUUAAAUUGUUGCCAGCAGCACAGUUACAGUCACCAACGCUCUGGAUAACAUUGAAAACAGCCUAACUAGCUCUGCUAGGGCGAGUCAAAUGGUAAUAGUGAGGUGUUCUCUCAUUUGUGUCUGGAAGUAGCUAGCAAGCAAGACAACGUUAGGCAGUUAGCUUGGGUGCUUGACUUCUGUUGAUCCGAGCAUUCUGACCUCACAACCCUACUCCUCGAACAGAGCGUCCAGUGUGCGCUCUGAACGCUCCGAGAGCUGAAUGCUCUGAAUUUACAAAUGGACAAUCUGACAACGCUCUGAAUUUACGAAUGCCCAGAGCGCACUCUGAGCGCCCUCUGGCACUCCAGAUUGAAUUUACGAACUCCGACGAGAGUGCUCUGAAAUCGGAGUAGAUAGCCAGAGUGAAUUAACGAACGCGCCCGUAAAAUGUUUAAGGUUAGCGGAGGGGUUAAGUUUAGCGUAGGAAGUCCCAAUGAUCCUGGAUAGUGCAAAAAUGUACGAACACACCCUGAUCCGAUAUGUGAGAUUAUUGAACAGGGUAGUACUGUAUGGGGUUUGAAUUAAUUAAUGGCUCGGUCCUCUGAGGCAGCAUCUCUAGUUUAUUGGUUUAUUCUGACCCUUUUGCCGAAGCAGCAGCUAAUCUUCCUGGGAUCCACACAAAAACAUAAAACACGAUGAGUAACAAAACACUGAUAGAAAAGAACAGUCACAUAUUUAAAAUACAACGAUAUACAAACAAUACAACUAAAGAAUGUGUGUCUGUGUUUGUGUGUCAUUUCACAGUCCAUAUUGUGCCAUGAGAUGUUUUAUCAAUUUUUUUUAAAGGUCAUUUUGCUGUUUGCUAGGGUAAUGGGAGAUGGAAGGGAGUUCCAUGCGAUCAUGGCUUUGUAUAAUACUGUGCAUUGCCUUGCCGUGAAUUCGUUUUGGACUUGGGGACUGUGAAGAGACCUCUGGCAUGUCUAGUGAUGUGGAAUACAUUUCCUCAGUGAGCAUUAAAUGUCCUGCUGCUGGAGAAAUCUAACAUGCGUGACUAUAUGUGUGCCACGGACCCUCGUCCUGACCACACCGCACUGCAGCAAACUGGGUCAGUAGUAGCACUGUGUGUGUGUGUGGGGGGGAGGUGCAUGUGCAUAUGUGUGAGGAGGGAGUGAAAGAGAGAGAGAAAAAAAAGGUGUGGGGAGAGAGGGAAUACUCCUUCUGCAGCCCCUUGCCAUUAGACAGCUCUGCUCCGGAGAAGAGGAGUGGGCUCUGCUCUGCUUCAGUGCUGCAUUGCAGCUCUCUGCUGGAGGGUCCUACUACAGCCUUUGUAACUGCAAGCUUGCAAACAUCCUGCUGUAUUCUCAAAAGGAUGCCGUAAAGACUUGAGGCGCUGGAAGGACAAAAAAGAAAUGCAGAGGAGAAUGCAAAAAUGUUGCUCAAAUGAAUGCACCGACUACUAAGAAUAGCCUAAAUCCUGAGGCAGUAAUUAUUUGGCUCCCAUGAAAGACUGUUUUGAUCACUUACUCUUUAUCAAGACUACUGUAUGUCAGUAUCUUCUGUAGUCUCUCUUAUUGGUUCACUUAGAAUAUAAAAUAAAAUAUAAGCUGCACACUCGCAUGGCUCUGAUGCAAUACAUUUAAAAGAUGCCAACGUAUGGACAGCUACAGUAUGCUGCCUUCAGGGUUUCAUUGUUCCACAGUAGAUUUAAGCAGCAUAGCUGGAGCUGAGCUCAGGGAAACCCUAGAUAUUCCCAUCAUUGUUAGCCACUUACUCUGGCAGUACUGGGCAGACAGGACAGGAGACUUGCAGUAAAGACAGGAUCAGCAUGGGGGAGGGGUAGGGUCUGAAGUGGAGUGGACUGGCAGAUCGGAGGAUGGUCGCUGUCUCUCCUCUCUUGGGUUGGAAAGAAACUGAUAUCCCUUCCUUGUUGACACCACAGACCCUGAGGGGCUUUCUCAUCUCAGAGGCUUGACCACCUGUCAGUCUGCUAAACCAACCCACCAGAUGGCUGAUGGGUAACUAAUGAUGAUGAUGGUGUGGCAAUACUAUUACUCAGCCUACCAUGAAUUAGCCAUAGGGUAUAGGCUCUUCUUUUAACUUGUUUUUCAAAUGAUCAUUAUGAACAAUGGCCUCUCAAAUAUACCGGUAGGCCCAAUGUAGACAGCAUAUUCUCAAGGUGUCUAUGACUUAACCUGUUGGAUAAGUAAAUAUUUGAUUUAUAUUGCUUUGAAGUCCGAAUACUUUCACAAGAUUGUGCUUGCUGCCAUGUUGGACAACAAUGGUUUUAUUGUUGUGAAAGUAUGUGUAAGGAAUAAUCAACGAUGGGCUAUGCGUUCUAUGGAAAAUAAUGAACAACGUGGAAGGUGUGUUCCGUGAUGCGCUAGCGAAGUGGAACAGACCUUCCACUUAGUUGCAUUAUUUUCCAGAGAACGCAUAGAGCCCCGAGUGGAUUAUCCCUUUUGUACCAUGGAUAUCAUUAACACAUUUGCUGCUAGAAAUGUGUUCAUUUUCCGUUAGAAAUGUGUUUAACAUCCACUGAAGUAGCCAGCAAGUUUACUAGAUAGUUACAGUAGUUGCCGUGGUAACCAAACAGACUUGCUAGUUUAGAUAACCAUCAGUCCUAGCUUGCCAUUAUGAAAAUCGAAUUCAGCAAUACCAAUAAUGUUUUCAUUUUGACUUUUGCUUUCAAAAGCAGCUCAAACAUAGAAAAUGUAAGAAAUAACUAUAGCCAUUGAAUUCUACCAUGCAAAUAGAGCAUGGCACUUGCAACACCAGGGUUGUGGGUUCGAUUCCCCCGGGGGACCAGUACGAGAAAAUGUAUGCACUCACUACUGUAAUUCGCUCUGGAUAAGAACGUCUGCUAAAUUACACAAAACAAAAAAUGAAGGCCUGAUUCACACAGUCUCCUCUGAACAGUUGAUGUUGAGAUGUGUCUGUUACUUGAACUCUGUGAAGCAUUUAUUUGGGCUGCAAUCUGAGUUGUAGUUAACUCUAAUGAACUUAUUCUCUGCAGCAGAGGUAACUCUGGGUCUUUCUUUCCUGUGGCGGUCCUCCAUGAGAGCCAGUUUCAUCAUAGCGCUUGAUGGUUUUUGCGACUGCAGUUGAAGAAACUUUCAAAAGUUCUUCACAUUUUCCGGAUUGACUGACCUUCAUGUCUUAAAGUAAUGAUGGACUGUCGUUUCUCUUUGCGUAUGAGCUGUUCUUGCCAUAAUAUUGAAUUGGUCUUUUACCAAAUAGGGCUAUCUUCUAUAAACCCCGCCUCUCUCCGCCCCUCUCUCACAGUAGGAGACAGUUCACUGAGUGGCAAAGGACUGAGGAUCUUUACUCUAUUAAGCAUCACACAUGCUGUGUAUCGGGCUGCAGUCACAGUGCCCAGUUUGAUUCUUUGGAGACUCUUUAAGAGUAGACUGAGGGUAGGUCACUUUUGGCAUGUCUGUAGGACCAUGCCUCAGCACAGUGAAGCAUGUUUGGAGACUCUUAUGAAAGGGAGAAUCCACUCAAAAACAUAUUUCUGUAUUUUCAUUAGUCCACUGUUGAUACGGUCCCAAAAUGUUUUGCGUAUCAGCAGUCAAAUGUUCUAGAUAUUGGACUUUCAAGAAAGUGUCACCGGUGACAUCAUCAUGAUGAUGCAAAAUGCAUCGUGAAUGAGGAGUUUUAGCAAGUGGAAAAUAUUCCCAAUCCCUUGAAUGAUAAUCGCCACACAAUUCACAUUUCAUUCAGAAACUUUAGAUCUGGCCAGUGUGCAGUCAGAGGAAUGUUGUAGGAAUAUCUGCUUCAGUUGCACAGACCCGCCAGUGUUUUCAAAGCUGCUCUUGAUGCAUUUUGCAUCAUCAUGAUGAUGUGGCCAGUGACACUUUGCUUCUUGAAAGUCUAAUAUCUUGAAAACUUGACUGCUGACAUGCAAAACAUUUUGGGACAAUAUCAACAGUGGACUAAUAAAAAAUAAAAAAAUACAUAGUUUUUGAGUGGAUUUUCCCUUUAACUAUGCAGUAUGACAACAUCUGUCCCUCUCCUUUUAUGGUGUUUUAUUUUUUCCCACAGAGUUCCAGUGAAAGUCCUCUGGAAGAAAAACAUUUGGCAUUUACAAUUUUCUUACUUAAAGCUACUUGCAGACCCCCAAAUACUGUCUUUGUCAGCUGCUCUGUGGUAGUUAGGGUGCUAGCUUAGCAAAUAGUAAUAUGGUGUGGCUACUGUAGAGUUUCCCAUGGUGCACCAGCUUCUUUUGUAUACCUUUCUGUCUGCACAAUCUCAAUGACAUCAUAGUGCCUUUGAUUGUAUCCCAUGUACACCUGGAGCCCUUCAAUUCAAAGGCUUUCUCAGCAGCUCUGAUGAUCACAACAGUGCUUCGCCCUGACAAAUUGUCAGUGACUGACUACACAAGUCCUCUGAGUGUCCUCUCAUCUUCCCUGUUGCCAUGUGAUAGGAUAAAAGGCCCUUGUUCUUUUUUUGUCUCAUUUUAGGAGUGUUACCCCACUGGGAGAUUAAACAACAAAUGGAAGCACCUUUAAAAAGGCAACUUGGUUUUUGCUUUGUCAUGCUGCUCAGUGCUCACGCAUUCACUUACUGUCACACACAGGGACUUUGUGACCGUGUUGUACGCUACUCUGAUAUUUAACCGAAAUUACAGCAAAUAAUAAUAAUAUGCCAUUUAGCAGACGCUUUUAUCCAAAGCGACUUACAGUCAUGCGUGCAAUAUCGCCAAAUGAGGGAUAUUAAGUAUUUAUGUAACUUUAUUUUAGUGCAGCAUGGGUUAUUCUUGGCUAGAUGCUUGGAAAAUGGGAAUAUCAUGUUGUCUGUGUUGUUGUUGUCGUGACUCAGUCCGCACUCUCCGCUGUAGCUUUAUUGAUGUUCACUGUUUACCUCAUUUUUAUUUUUAGUUAGCACAUUGCAGUAUGAAUUAGGAGUAAACUGCUGAGCCUUGAUUGUUGUUAUCAUUCCCCUGAGUAGGCCUAUGAACUCAGUGGUGAGGGUAGGCAACAACACCUCCGCCAUGCUUAUCAUCAACACGGGGGCCCUCCAGGGGUGUGUGCUCGGCCCCAUCCUGUACUCCCUGUUCACACAUGACUGUGUGGCUACGCACGACUCCAACUCUAUCAUCAAGUUUGCUGACAAAACAACAGUGGUAGGCCUGAUCAACAACGACGAGACAGCCUACAGGGAGGAGGUUAGUACUCUGGCAGAGUGGUGCCGAGGAAAUAACCUCUCCCUCCACGUCAACAAAACAAAGGAGAUGAUCGUGGAUUACAGGAGACAGCAGAGGGAGCACGUCCCAUCCACAUUGAAGGGGUAGCAGUGGAGUGGGUUAAAAGUGUCAAGUUCCUUGCCGUGCACAUCACCAAGGACCUGAAAUGGUCCCACCACACUGACACCGUGGUGAAGAAGGCGCAACAGCACCUCUUCAACCUCAGGAGGCUGAAGAAAUUCGGCAUGGCCCCUAAGACCCUCUUGAACUUCUACAGAUGCACCAUUGAGAGCAUUCUGUCGGGCUGCAUCACCGCCUGGUACGGCAACAGCACCGACCACAACCGCAUGGCUCUCCAGAGGGUGGUGCGUGCGGUCAGGCCAACGUAUCACCGGGGCACACUGCCUGCCCCCCAGGACAUCUACAGCACCCAGUGUCAUAGGAAGGCCAAGAAGAUCGUCAAGGACCUCAGCCACUCGAGCCACAGCCUGUUCACCCUGCUACCAACUAGCAGACGGUGUAUCAAAGCUGGGACCGAGAGACUGAGAAACAGCUUUUAUCUCCAGGGCCCGGUCUUUCAAAGGUUAUCUAUCUGGAUUUCGCCUAUCGGAUAGGAUUACAUGCAUAGAAAUAGAAUGAAUAGAAAGGACAAAUCAUUGACUAGUGAAUGGGGACACCCGUUCUAUUCAUUCUAUUUCUAUGCAUUUAAACCUAUCCAAUAGGCGAAAUACGGAUAGAUCACUUUUGAAAAACUGGGCCCAUCAGACUGUUGAACAGCCAUCACCAGCCGGCCACCGGCCGGUACUGUCACGAUCGUCUAAAGGAGCGGACCAAUGCGCAGCGUUGCGAGUGAACAUGAUGACUUUAUUAAAGAACCACGAAAAAUAACAAACCAAACAAGACGAAAGUGAAGUUCUAUACUGAUAACGACUAACAGCAACAAAGAAACAAAAACCCACAAACACAAGGUGAAAACUGACAGUUUAAAUAUGGCUCCCAAUCAGAGAUAACGAGCCGACAGCUGACACUAGUUACCUCCGAUUGGGAGUCAUUGACUACAACAUACAACCACCUAGAAAAACAACCCACAGACCUGCAAACAUAGAAAUACACCCAACAGAACUACCAACAUAGAAAAACACCCAAAUCCCCAACAAAACAACAUACACUCUAGCUCACAUACAAAAGUCCUAGAGCCAGAGUGUCACAGUACCCCCCCCUAAAGGUGCGAACUCCGGGCGCACCAGCCCACAGUCUAGGGGAGGGUCUGGGUGGGCGUCUGUCCACGGUGGCGGUUCUGCCCCUGGUCGUGGUCCCCACCCCACCUUAGUCACCAGCUUCCCUAGCCUCCUCCACAUUACCCCCCCCCAACUAAACCCCACUGGGUUAAGGGGCGGCCCCGGACUAAGGGGCAGCACCGGACUAAGGGGCAGUACCGGACUAAGGAGCAGUACCGGACUAAGGGGCAGUACCAGGCUAAGGGGCAGCACCGGACUAAGGGGCAGCACCAGGAUAAGGGACAGCACCAGGAUAAGGGACAGCACCAGGAUACGGAGCAACACCGAGCUAAGGGGCAGCACCGGACUAAAUGGCGGAUCCUGGCUGGCUGGCUCUGGCGGAUCCUGGCUAGCUGGCGGAUCCUGGCUGGACGGCUCUGGCGGAUCCCGGCUGGACGGCUCUGGCGGAUCCCGGCUGGACGGCUCUGGCGGAUCCCGGCUGGACGGCUCUGGCGGAUCCCGGCUGGACGGCUCUGGGCGGAUCCCGGCUGGACGGCUCUGGCGGAUCCCGGCUGGACGGCUCUGGCGGAUCCCGGCUGGACGGCUCUGGCGGAUCCCGGCUGGACGGCUCUGGCGGAUCCUGGCUGGACGGCUCAUGGCUGGCUGACGGAUCUGGCUGCUCAUGGCUGGCUGACGGAUCUGGCUGCUCAUGGCUGGCUGACGGAUCUGGCUGCUCAUGGCUGGCUGACGGAUCUGGCUGCUCAUGGCUGGCUGACGGAUCUGGCUGCUCAUGGCCGGCUGACGGAUCUGGCUGCUCAUGGCCGACUGACGGAUCUGGCUGAUCCUGUCUGGCGGAAGGCUCUGGCUGAUCCUGUCUGGCAGCAGGCUCUGGCUGAUCCUGUCUGGCAGAAGGCUCUGGCUGAUCCUGUCUGGCAGAAGGCUCUGGCUGAUCCUGUCUGGCAGAAGGCUCUGGCUGAUCCUGUCUGGCGGAAGGCUCUAGCGGCUCCGGUCUGGCGGACGGCUCUGAUGGCUCAUGGCAGACGGGCGGCUUUGCAGGCUUUGGGCAGACGGGCAGUUCAGGCCCCGUUGGGCAGACGGCAGACUCUGAGCGCUCGUAGGCCUGGGGCGUGGUGCCGGGCGACCGGGGAGAGGCAUACCGGCCGCUGAGGCCAACGCGCUCAGGGCUGUGAACGGAGGUACGGCUGAGGAGCAAUCCAGGGUAGUGCGGGAGAGAACAGGGCAUGCUGGACUGGGACGCACCGUGGCCUUAUGCUUGGGUGCCGGAAUGGGGAGGUACCGGGCCUGAGGACAACGCAUCUCCUUGCUAGUGCGUGAAGGCAGCAACAGGGCAUGCUUGCCCCUUGGUGACGCACCGUAUGCCUGAAUGCGUGGUGCCGGAACUGGAGGUAGCCUGGCUGAGGACACGCAUCCAGGGCUAGUGCUGGGAUCGGAACAGGGCAUGCUGGACCCUGGGGACUCCAUAAACGCCUAGUGCGGGGAGCCGGAACAGGGCAUGCUGACCCUGGGGACUCACCCUCACGCCUAGUGCGGAGAGCAGGAACAGGGCCGGGCUGGGCUGGCGACGCGCACCGUAUCCCUGGUGCGAGUGGCCGGAACAGGCCGGGCCGGGCUGGCGAAGCGCACCGUCUCCCUGGUGCGUGGAGUAGGAACAGGCCGGGCUGGGCUGGCGACGCGCACCGAAUCCCUGGUACGAGUGGCCGGAACAGGCCGGGUCGGGCUGGCGUAGCACACCGUGGACCUGGUGCUUGGAGUAGGAACAGGCCGGUCCGUACCGGGAACACACACCACUGGCCUCAACCGAGGAUCAGGAACGGGCCGGACCGGACUGGCAACACACAUCAGUCCUUCACGCCGUGCCACACACACUUCCCUCCUUCUACUCGCCAAUGGCUCCCGUACUCCGUUAGCCUUCUCUCCUUUUCUCCCUGUGGCAGCCUCCUGCUGCCCAGCCGCCCAAGCCAUGUGCCCCCCCCCAAAAAAUUUCUUGGGGUUGCCUCUCGUCCACGGGCCUCCAGCCUCGCCUUCUUGCUGCCUCCUCAUACCACCUCCUCUCGGCUUUGGCUGCCUCCAGCUCUUCACGAGGGCGGUGAUAUUCCUCCGGUUGUGCCCAAGGACCCUUUCCAGCCCGAAAUCUCCUCCCAUGUCCAAAAAUCCUUAGGAGGCGUCCAUAACUCCUGUGUAGGUAGGUCCUGUUGCCGCUUGUUACGCUGCUUGGUCCUUUUAUGGUGGGUUUUUCUGUCACGAUCGUCUAAAGGAGCGGACCAAUGCGCAGCGUUGCGAGUGAACAUGAUGACUUUAUUAAAGAACCACGAAAAAUAACAAACCAAACAAGACGAAAGUGAAGUUCUAUACUGAUAACGACUAACAGCAACAAAGAAACAAAAACCCACAAACACAAGGUGAAAACUGACAGUUUAAAUAUGGCUCCCAAUCAGAGAUAACGAGCCGACAGCUGACACUAGUUACCUCCGAUUGGGAGUCAUUGACUACAACAUACAACCACCUAGAAAAACAACCCACAGACCUGCAAACAUAGAAAUACACCCAACAGAACUACCAACAUAGAAAAACACCCAAAUCCCCAACAAAACAACAUACACUCUAGCUCACAUACAAAAGUCCUAGAGCCAGAGUGUCACAGGUACUCUCCCCGGCACCUUAGAUACUGUCACUAGCCAGCUACCGCCCGGUACUCUGCGCUGCAUUCCGUACUGACGUUGCUCAUUCCGAUAUUUCUGAUAUUCUUUUACUUUUAGAAUUGUGUGUGUAUUGUUAUUAUAUUGCUAGAUAUUACUGCACUGUUGGAGCGAGAAUCCUAAGCAUUUCGCUGCACCUGCGAUAACAUCUCCAAAUCUGUGUACACAACCAAUACACUUUGAUUUAUAUGGUAGUCUAACCUCUAUUCUCCUCUCCCCUGCUUCUUCCCUACAGAUGUGUGGUGGUGCUGCUGAACCCCAAGAAGAACAAACAGCAUCACAUCCUCAACAGCUCCAGGUGAGGGUCCGUCGUCGUACUGAAUGGCUGCUGCUUGCUGCCUCCUGUUCAGUCAGUCACUCCCAGGCAGGCCAGGCACACUAGGGGAAUGGAUGGAUCCAGACAACUAGUCACUGUCACUUAGGCUUAAGGGUUCGUCCUCAUACAUAGCAUACAUACAAAAACCAAACUACAACACUGAGGAUUGUAAAAGCCCUCCCAUGACGAUAGUGUCUUGAUUUGGUGCAUAUAUGUGGCUUGGACUUAUCAUGUAGGUAGAUGGCCUGUCAGUAGGCCCUGUAAAUACAGCCCAUCUGGAGUCAAUGUGAGGGAGGGAGCUAUCCUGGAGUGACUUGUCAAACACAACAUGGCUUAUGUAAAGACUGAACACUGAGAGCACUGGACAGACACAGUCAGCCAUGACCAAAGGAGCACCAUGGCUUCAAAGCCUCUGCAAACCCCUUUCCAGUGUGGGAACAGCAAAAGUAGAUGUGGUCACGUCAAUGUGACUGACUAGCUGGCUCCAUCCAUCCAUUCUCCAUUCUAACCAUAAUAUACCCAGAAAGGUUUGUUACACUAUGCUCUUCUGGCUGGAGGCUAAUAUUUGAACUUUAAACCCUCGCCGUCCUACUUCUACAGCUCAUCACUCUACAAACUAAUUAUUACUGUGCCAUGAUUAGAUUACAGUAUAGUAAUAAUGCUAUGUGUGCAUUUGCUUAGUACAGCAUUUGAUAAGAUAAAAGCUGCUUGACUAGGCCUCAAACAUUGAUUACAGUUUAGUUAGGGAAUAAUUGAGCGUUACAAAUUGCACCCUAUUCCCUAUAUAGUGCACAUUAUUAUAAUAUUUUUCUUGUAGUGCACUACAUAGGGAAUAGAGUGCCAUUUGAGAUGCAGACAAUAUGUCUGUGUACGAGUACUGGACCUGGAUAACUGCUUCAACAGUUCAAGAAACACCCUGAGAUCGAACCUUUUAACCAGCUAAUUGACUCCCAGUCACAGGCCAUUGAGCCAACCAUUCAGCUAGGUUAACAUUUCUUUACCACUACAGAACGUUAGAUGUGUAGAAGCCUGGCUCUACUCUAGUGUAUGAUAAUAAUAAUCAGAUUGAUGUAUUGAUUGUGGUGAGUAUAUGUAUGCCAUUGUCAUAGAGUACAGCCCAAGUGGAAAACCCCCUUGAGACCAGGAUGCAUUCAUACUUCUCUUCAACAGUAAUCAAAUGUUUCCUUUCCUCCUUCCUGUCUCUCCUCUUCACAGGAAAACCAUCACCACUCUGUCAUUUUCCCCUGAUGGCAAAUAUGUGGUCACAGGAGAGGUGAGUGUCUUCUCAUUGUGUCUUUGCUUGCCGUGAUGAAAUGUACUGCAGCUUUCUAAAAAAGGAGCUGACCGUUUCCCGCUCCACUGCAUGGGAAAGCUAUCAUAUCAUUGUACAACCCCACAGUUCAUAAAUGGAACUCUGUCUGUGUCACAUCAUCUACAAAGGAGUGUUUCUAUAGCUGUGAAUACCACAAAACAUACCCACAGUUUGUUGUAUACUGCACCUGUGUGUGUGCGUGCGUCUAAUCCUCGGCCAUCUACUAAGAGCUUAUUAGUCAGACAAGUGUGUGUGAAAGUGAAUGAGUGUGUGCUGCUGCAGGGUUGCCAUGGCAGCAGGAGGGGGCAGGGUGCCAGACUGACUCUGUCGGCUGUCUGAAGGAGAGAGGGAGGGAGGGAGGGAGGAAAGAGAAGGAAAGAAAGAGGGGAAGAGACAGAGAGAGGGAGACUUCCAGGCAUGUAGCAGAUGGCACAGAGCACGUGCUGGUGCUCACCCUUUCUGUCUGGUGCUCACCCUGCCUGUCUGGUGCUCACCCUGCCUGUCUGGUGCUCACCCUGCCUGUCUGGCGCUCACCCUGCCUGUUUGGCGCUCACCCUGCCUGUUUGGCGCUCACCCUGCCUGUCUGUCCUCUGUGUUGUGCAGCUAGCUGACCAUGCUGCAAGCGGCUGCUGCUGCCCUAUGUAUGCACUCAAAGGGAGGUCCCCCUGUCCACACAGUCUGCUUCUGUUCUGUCUUUAAAAGAGCUAGACGUCAUCAGCUGUCCUGAUUGUGUUCUUUUCUAAAGAAGUGCACCAAAAGCAAAUUCCAUUUGUCCAACAUCCCCAACCAUGGGUUUACUCUAGCUGCUACUGUAGUCUUUGAUAUUUAUUUACCAACGAACACUACACGUACCUGUAUCUGAAAUCUAUAUGCCUUAUCAUGUUGCUCAUACAAUAACUAUUUCCAUACCCAGUAUAAGAAUGAUGCAGGCAAAGACUCUGCCUGCAGAGUGGAAGACAGUACUAAAGAUGCAUUAUCAUUAAUUUCCUGGCUUAAGCCUCCCUCGCCUGUCCUCUUUAAAUUCCCUCCACUUGAUCUUCUGUUCUAUCCUUGAGUUGCAUUAGACAAAUCAUUACCAGAUUGGGACGCAGUUACAGGGUACAUUGAAAAGCUUAGUGGAGACUAGAGACUUCUGUCCUCAGACAACAUCUGCAUGAUCCAGGGAUUCUGAAUGUGGCUACAUCACCUUGUGGAUACAAACCUGUCAGGUCGUCAUUAUAAGAAUUGGUUCUUAAUCGAUUUGCCUGGAUAAAUAAAGGGGAAAUAAAUGAAGAUCAAAUGAAAAUGUGUGGGUGUGAUACAUGGUGUAGACUUUCUUUUCACUCACCCCUAUUUUUCCCUUUCCUCCUCCCUCUCUCCCCUUCCAGAGUGGGCACAUGCCUGCUGUGCGGGUGUGGGAUGUUGCAGAGCGGACCCAGGUGGCAGAGCUACAGGAACAUAAGUACGGCAUCUCCUGCGUGGCCUUCAGCCCCAACAGCAAGUACAUCGUCAGCGUGGGAUACCAGCACGACAUGAUCGUCAAUGUCUGGGCCUGGAAGGUAGCUAGCUACUCCCUUAUUAGGUCCUUCAUUGGGUCUUAUUAGGUCUUCCAUUUGUCUUUAUUGGAAUUUAAUCAUUUUGGAUGAGUAAAACAAUACGUGAAUAAACAUAAUAUACACAAAUCAAAACAAACGAGUGCUGUUUUUGAACUGCUGUUCAGUGUUUUAUACUGAACACUCUUCUUCUCUGAGGAAAAUAAAGUAUUUAUCUAAUGUCGAUCUACAGUCCUGUUCUGUGCUCUUUUCUUCUCAGAAAAACAUUGUGGUGGCAGCCAACAAAGUGUCCAGUAAAGUGACGGCCGUGUCCUUCUCAGACGACAGCUCCUACUUCGUCACGGCAGGGAACAGGCACGUCAAGUUCUGGUACCUGGAUCACACCAAAUCCUCCAAGGUAUUCAGUCAUUCACACCAACAACAACAUGACUUAAUCCAUAACUGACCAAUAAUAACACUUGAGUUAAUGAACGAAUGAGAUAAUAACUAACCGAGCCUCUCUGGAAUGUGUCUCUACAUGCAUUGUUUUCCUGAACUGGUUCUCUUGAUCUCCAGCCAUUCCAUAUAUUACUCAGCACACCUAGUUCAACUAGCUAGUCAACCAAUCGCCAAGCCCUUGAUUAGUUCAUUUAUAAUAAUAAUAAUUAGGUGGGUGCUUAUUUGUCCUAUUUCACACAUGUACAAGUGUCUAUUAUACGCGUGAGUGAAUUGGGAAUGUGUUUUUUGCAUAUCCCAAUUCCCCCUGAGACACCCUCGGAGAGUGGGGUCACGGCCAGGGUCUGCCAUUUAUCAACGACAAUUAGGGUUAAAUGCCUUGCUUAAGGGCACAGUGGCAGAUUUGGGACCUUGUUGGCUCGGGGAUUCGAACUAGCAACCGUUUGGUUACUAACCACUAGGCUACCUGCCACCCUAGUUAGGUGUGCUAUUGUUGGAAUUUAACAAAUACUGUAUGUGGAAUGGUUGGUGGUCACAAGGACCAGUUUGUGAAGCUCAUCUCUUCAGUAAGCUAUUAGGAUAAUGACAGACGUCACAUGUCAAGUUCAAUCGCCAUGUUGAUGCCCAAUCCAAAUUUCCUAAUUUCCAGGGUUUAGGUUAACAUAAACUGAUGGACUAGGUCUAUCAGACCCCAUAGCAAUGGCUCUCUAAUAAUUCCUCCCUCCCUCUCUCCCUCCCUGUGUCUGCUAGGUGAACGCCACGGUUCCUCUGCUUGGUCGCUCGGGGCUCCUGGGGGAGUUGAGGAACAACUUCUUCUCUGACGUGGCAUGUGGGAAGGGUCGUAAAGCCGGCAGCACCUUCUGCAUCACUUCCUCAGGCCUGCUCUGCGAGUUCAAUGACAAACGCCUGCUGGACAAAUGGGUGGAGCUAAGGGUGAGUUACUUUAAACUCUGGGUCACGUUCAGUAAAGGCACAACGUAACAAAACGUUUUGCAACCGAAAACAGAAAUGAGCCUUUUUAAAGGAGUCAUUCAUAGAAUCGAGGAUUGGUCUCCUUGACUCAAAAGUAUUUGGCUGCAGGGUUCAAAAGGCAUAUAAAAUGGAAAAGGAAACCCUGAAUUCAAUGACAUUUUAGAAUUCCAGAUGUGUGCUGGUGCUCACCUUUCCAGUUUAUUGGACACAUUUAGGCAUUAGGCUACUUUACUCUAGCUGCCUGGCUAUAUCCACAGGCGGAGGGUAACACUAUGAAUCGUUUAGUCUAAAGCUGUGUGAAUGAAUGGAGAUGUAUCACUACAGAACCGAUUAUGUGUAAACGUUGGCAGAGAAAGAGUUGGUGACUUAUCACAGCUUCUAGUGCAUAACCAUCUUAGAAUAUAACCCCUUUUCAAUCUACUUGUGGCACAGUAUCAAACUUUCAAGUCGCUUGACUGGCUACUAUAUCCUAAUUCUAGAUGUAAUCUGUAGCCACCGACUGUGUUCUACAAUACACCGCUUUCAAUCCCUUCUUAAAAGUCAAUUAUAGACAGACAACUCGUGUUGGUGGUGUGGUGCUGUAAGAGUGUUAAUCUGACCCGUCGUGCUGCUGUCUAAUAUUAGUCUUGUUCUGCUUCUGCUUCUUCUCUUACACUGUCCAGAAAAACGACAUCAUCACAGUAAGUCUGUCCCUUAUCUGUGCUGCAGCAGUUGUCACUUCCAUGUCACAUCAGCUGAAAGUUGUGCCCCGCCCUCCUCUGAUACCUCCGAGUAUCCCAUUGGAGGGUUUCUCAGAGCACUGCAUUCUAUCAUGCCCACCUGUCCAUCCUAUUGGCUGUGUGUGUGUCUUUGACUUGACCCUAGUGGUCGUCGUCAUUCUCAAUGUCCCCUCUGCUUACACACCAGAUGUUGGCCAUCCAUUAUCAUCACUCAAAGUUUCCAUCACCUUAUUUUAUUUUUUUUCACCUUUAUUUAACCAGGUAAGCCAGUUGAGAACAAGUUCUAAUUUACAACUGCGACCUGGCCAAGAUAAAGCAAAGCAGUGCGAUAAAAACAACAACACAGAGUUACAUAUGGAAUAAACAAAAACGUACAGUCAAUAACACAAUAGAAAAUCUAUAUACAGUGUGUGCAAAAGUUAUGGAGGUAAGGCAAUAAAUAGGCCAUAGUGCAAAAUAAUUACAAUUUUGUAUUAACACUGGAGUGAUAGAUGUGCAGAAGAUGAUGUGCAAAUAGAGAUACUGUGGUGCAAAUUAGCAAAAUAAAUAACAAUGUAAAUAACAAUAUGGGGAUGAGGUAGUUGGGUGGGCUAAUUACAGAUGGACUGUGUACAGGUGCAGUGAUCGGUAAGCUGCUCUGACAACCAAUGUAUGUGUAACAUGAUUAUACAUACACUCCAGAACAUAGUAUAGAGGGUUUAUAAUAGUGUUGGUGUGAGAACAAUAUGAUAUAUGAACUUAUCCACAGAAUUAAAUAGAACACACAUUAUAUCUCUAUGAGCUCAUUGAUUUCCUCCAAGGCCUUAGAUAGGUAUACCUGUUUACUCACAUUUAAAACCUGGGGUAAAGUUGACUUCAGCGUCAACCUUAUACCUUUUCUCACAUGAAAACCUGGGGGAGAAUAUAUGUCAUCAUUAGCAUCACUCUUAGAUAUAGGCUACCCUUUAUUCACAUUAAAACCUGAGGUAGAGUUGAUAUCAGCAUCACUGGUCACCUCAUUUUGGUGUUGGUGUGAGAACAAAACAAUGUUUUCACCCCAGGCCUUCGAUAGAUACUUCUCACAUCGCUGCUAGUGCUAACCUCAUGUGGUUUCCUGGUUUCAUGUCCUGAGGGCCUGAGAAGGUCAUGUUGACUUGUGGGAUCAUACUCUGUUUCGGUUUUGGCAAUGUACUGUACAUAGAAAAAUGCAUGGGAAUUAUCAGGUCAAACAGUCAGCUUGUACAGUAUUUUCAUCUGGUUGUCUGAAUUCAUGCAGUACUUUGAUGGAGCGGUGUCCCCAAAUGGCACCCUAUUCUCUAUAUAGUGCACUACUUUUGACCAAAGCCCUAUGGGCCCUGGUCAAAAAUAGUAGACUAUUAAAGGAAUAGGGUGAUAGGGUGCCAUUUGGGAUGCAGACUUUGAGGUCUCAACAACCUUUGCCUGAACUUGUACCACAUUAUUGGAACCUACUCUACCAGAGAGCGAUCCCUACCAGAUUGGCAAUGCUUGGCCUGGCACCUUGGUGCUAACAGGGCUGAAGUGGGUCAGGGCUACAGUAGGGUGGGUGGGUGGGUGGGUGGGUGGGUGGGUGGCUGCACAAUCAUGCUUUUGUAGCCUAGUCCAAAGCACAGAGCAAAGGGGGAGGGGGGGGGAGAAAAGCAAGGGAGAGGAAAGAGAAGAGAGAAGAAUGGAAAUGAAAGCGGGGGAGAGAAUGAGAGAAAAGAGAGAGGGAGGGAGUGAAGAGGACUGGAAAAACAACGCUUGCUCUGUCUGAUUCCGAGCUCAUCAACUGCUGCGACACCAUCACAUUCCAUCCUGGCACCUCAUCUCAAACUCUCCACUCGUGCUGCUCAUCAAGAAAACCUCUCUUGUUUCUCUCAACUCAAUGUAUUAGUUGACGCUCUUAACAUUCUCAUUGCGAAGCUACUAGUGGGGAUUUUUAAAGACUUAAAAACAGGAGGUGCUCUAGCCUGUAACAAGUGACCACAACCACAACAUCAAACUGGGACAUUUGGCUUUCAUCCACUCCCAUUAACUGCAUAUUUUACAUGCUGUAGAAGGCAUGAAAGAAAGUAUCCUCUAUCAAAACUAGACUGUCACCAUAUACUCCUCUUCCCCAGAGGCCACUUGAUGCUGUCACUUCGGUAUAUUUUGGUUUCUCCCCUACUAAGAUGGUUGCUUCACUGGCAUGCCAUGGUUGUAGGGAAAGCACAGCAUGCUUUGGCAACCCAAGCCCAAUGUUGGAAUGUGUAAAAGAUUUAGUAAAUUACUGUUGUUAGACUUGGAGUUAAAUAUGCAUCCAGUCUGGGCUGCAUGACUGGCUGAAUCACUGUUCUACAUUAUUCUAAGCAUCAUACUGGUAAAUUGGAAAAUGAUAUUGCGUAUUGUUGUUUAAGCUGUAGGCCUUGAUCUGAAUCUGCUGCACGCAAGCAUUUGUUGUCUCUGGAUACUUUGCAUAUUUCAACUUCACCACAGUCAAAUAUAUUGCAUAUCAUUCUGUUUCUGUCAUACUGUUUCUGCGGUUUACUUUGCACAAUAUUGCUCUUCUAGUGAAGCCACUUCUUCUGCCGAGAUGAAAUUACUUGAGAGAUGUUUUCAUAUUGUUUACCCAGGGGCCUAGCGACAGUAAAGCUGGUAAUAUUGGCAAGUGAAAUGAGCAGAUAUUAGUCAUCAGUAUUUACACAGAAUAACAAGUAUGUGGCGCUGACUGCUAGUCCCUGGUAGUGGGUUCUCUGAUGCUUCAAUGGCAAUUGUCUUCAAUAUGUUCAAUAUCAUUGACAGACAGCAAUCUAGUUCUUUCUGCUGUUCGUGUGUUUUUUUUCCCUGAAGACCUAUAAGCCUAUAUUGUGCAGCAGACCAUCACUGAGUAUUUUCAAGGUGGUGCUUCAAAGACCCUCAAAUCCACACCCAGAGCCUCUUUAAAGUCUCAAAAAAAUUUGUUUAAAUUUAAACUCUUUUAUGCGGAGGGGAAAAGAGCCAGAUGUGGUGGCCAGUCCCGUCUACUCUGUACAAUAGCAGGGGAAGCAAUGUUGUGUAUAUGUUUGUACAGUAUGUGUGUCUUCUCUAAGCCCCCUUCCUCUCCUCUGCUCUCCAGACAACUCAGGCCACGUCUCUGUCUGUGACAGAGGAGCUGAUCUUCUGUGGCUGUGCCGACGGCACCGUGAGGGUCUUCAGCCCCGUCAACCUGCACUUCAUCUGCACCCUACCACGUCCACACUGCCUGGGCACAGACAUUGCCACCGUGGUGGAGGCUAGGUGAGUGUCAGUCAGGGCCAGAGGGGUAAAGGUGAGUGUCUAGGAAAAAGGUCUCAGACCGAAAUGUUGAUAUUAUAAACAACGUACCGAGGUUUUCAUAUCUACAGGUCUGCAGGGGUAUAUACACUGCUCAACACUUAAACAACACAAUGUAACUCCAAGUCAAUCAUACUUCUGUGAAAUCAAACUGUCCACUUAGGAAGCAACACUGAUUGACAAUACAUUUCACAUGCUGUUGUGCAAAUGGAAUAGACAACAGGUGGAAAUGAUAGGCAAUUAGCAAGACACCCCCAAUAAAGGAGUGGUUCUGCAGGUGGUGACCACAGACCACUUCUCAGUUCCUAUGCUUCCUGGCUGAUGUUUUGGUCACUUUUGAAUGCUGGCGGUGCUUUCACUCUAGUGGUAGCAUGAGACGGAGUCUACAACCCACACAAGUGGCUCAGGUAGUGCAGCUCAUCCAGGAUGGCACAUCAAUGCGAGCUGUGGCAAGAAGGUUUGCUGUGUCUGUCAGCGUAGUGUCCAGAGCAUGGAGGCGCUACCAGGAGACAGGCCAGUACAUCAGGAGACGUGCAGGAGGCCGUAGGAGGGCAACAACCCAGCAGCAGGACCGCUACCUCCGCCUUUGUGCAAGGAGGAGCAGGAGGAGCGCUGCCAGAGCCCUGCAAAAUGACCUCCAGCAGGCUACAAAUGUGCAUGUGUCUGCUCAAACGGUCAGAAACAGACUCCAUGAGGAGGGCCCGACGUCCACAGGUGGGGGUUGUGCUUACAGCUCAACACCGUGCAGGACGUUUGGCAUUUGCCAGAGAACACCAAGAUUGGCAAAUUCGCCACUGGCGCCCUGUGCUCUUCACAGAUGAAAGCAGGUUCACACUGAGCACAUGUGACAGACGUGACAGAGUCUGGAGACGCCGUGGAGAACGUUCUGCUGCCUGCAACAUCCUCCAGCAUGACCGGUUUGGCGGUGGGUCAGUCAUGGUGUGGGGUUGCAUUUCUUUGGGGGGGCCGCACAGCCCUCCAUGUGCUCGCCAGAGGUAGCCUGACUGCCAUUAGGUACCGAGAUGAGAUCCUCAGACCCCUUGUGAGACCAUAUGCUGGUGCGGUUGGCCCUGGGUUCCUCCUAAUGCAAGACAAUGCUAAACCUCAUGUGGCUGGAGUGUGUCAGCAGUUCCUGCAAGAGGAAGACAUUGAUGCUAUGGACCGCCCGUUCCCCAGACCUGAAUCCAAUUGAGCACAUCUGGGACAUCAUGUCUCGCUCCAUCCACCAACGCCACGUUGCACCACAAACUGUCCAGGAGUUGGCAUCAUCAGGAGCAUGCCCAGGCGUUGUAGGGAGGUCACACACACUACUGAGCCUCAUUUUGACUUGUUUUAAGGACAUUACAUCAAAGUUGGAUCAGCCUGUAGUGUGGUUUUCCACUUUAAUUUUGAGGGUGACUCCAAAUCCAGACCUCAUGGGUUGAUAAAUUUGAUUUCCAUUGAUAAUUUUUGUGUGAUUUUGUUGUCAGCACAUUCAACUAUGUAAAGAAGAAAGUAUUUAAUAAGAUUAUUUAAUUCAUUCAGAUCUAGGAUGUGUUGUUUAAGUGUUCCCUUUAUUUUUUUGAGCAGUGUAUAUGUGUGUGUGUGUGUGUGUGUGUGUGUAUAUAUAUAUAUGUGUGUGUGUGUGUGUGUAUAUAUAUGUGUGUGUGUGUAUAUAUAUGUAUGUAUGUAUGUGUGUGUGUGUGUGUGUGUGUGUGUGUGUGUGUGUAUAUAUAUAUAUAUAUAUAUAUAUAUAUAUAUAUAUAUAUAUAUAUAUAUAUAUAUAUAUAUAUAUAUAUAUAUACACACACACACAUACAUACAGUGAGGGGAAAAAAGUAUUUGAUCCGCUGCUGAUUUUGUACGUUUGCCCACUGACAAAGACAUGAUCAGUCUAUAAAUUUAAUGGUAGGUUUUUAUAUGAACAGUGAGAGACAGAAUAACAACAAAAAAAUCCAGAAAAACGCAUGUCAAAAAUGUUAUAAAUUGAUUUGCAUUUUAAUGAGGGAAAUAAGUAUUUGACCCCUCUGCAAAACAUUACUUAGUACUUGGUGGCAAUGUUUGGCAACUCGAACCUUCAGCUCCCUCCACAGAUUUUCUAUGGGAUUAAGGUCUGGAGAGUGGCUAGGCCACUCCAGGACCUUAAUGUGCGUCUUCUUGAGCCACUCCUUUGUUGCUUUGGCCAUGUGUUUUGGGUCAUUGUCAUGGUGGAAUACCCAUCCACGACCCAUUUUCAAUGCCCUGGCUGAGAGAAGGAGGUUCUCACCCGAGAUUUGACGGUACAUGGCCCCGUCCAUCGUCCCUUUGAUGCAGUGAAGUUGUCCUGUCCCCUUAGCAGAAAAACACCCCCAAAGCAUAAUGUUUCCAACUCCAUGUUUGACAGUGGGGAUGGUGUUCUUGGGGUCAUAGGCAGCAUUCCUCCUCCUCCAAACACGGCGAGUUGAGUUGAUGCCAAAGAGCUCGAUUUUGGUCUCAUCUGACCACAACACUUUCACCCAGUUCUCCUCUGAAUCAUUCAGAUGUUCAUUGGCAAACUUCAGACGGCCCUGUAUAUGUGCUUUCUUGAGCAGAGUGACCUUGCGGGCGCUGCAGGAUUUCAGUCCUUCACGGCGUAGUGUGUUACCAAUUGUUUUCUUGGUGACUAUGGUCCCAGCUGCCUUGAUCAUUGACAAGAUCCUCCCGUGAGUUCUGGGCUGAUUUCUCACCAUUCUCAUGAUCAUUGCAACUCCACGAGGUGAGAUCUUGCAUGGAAGAUCCAGGCUAGGGUUUGCAAAAGACCAAUUUUCAGCUUUGCCCAAUACCUGGUCGUCUAAUGGUUAGACAGAGACCUGGAGAGGCCUACAAGCCACAGUGUCUCGCACCCACUGUGAAAUUUGGUGGGGGUGGGGUCGGUGAUGAUCUGGGGGUGCUUCAGCAAGGCUGGAAUAGGGCAGAUUUGUCUUUGUGAAGGACGCAUGAGUCAAGCCACGUACAAGGUUGUCCUGGAAGAAAACUUGCUUCCUUUUGCUCUGACAUUGUUCCCCAACUCUAAGGAUUGGUUUUUCCAGCAGGCAAUGCGCCAUGCCACACAGCCAGGUCAAUGAAGGUGUGGAUGGAGGACCACCAGAUCAUGACCCUGUCAUGGCCAGCCCAAUCUCCAGACCUGAACCCCAUUGAAAACUUCUGGAAUGUGAUCAAGAGGAAGAUAGAUGGUCAUAAGCCAUCAAACAAAGCCGAGCUGCUUGAAUUUUUGCGCCAGGAGUGACAUAGUCACCCAACAUCAAUGUGAAAGACUGGUGGAGAGCAUGCCAAGACGCAUGAAAGCUGUGAUUGAAAAUCAGGGUUAUUCCAACAAAUAUUGAUUUCUGAACUCUUCCUAAGUUAAAACAUUAGUAUUGUGUUGUUUAAAAAUGAACAUGAACGUAUUUUCUUUGCAUUAUUCGAGGUCUGAUAACACUGCAUCUUUUUUGUUAUUUUGACCAGUUGUCAUUUUCUGCAAAUAAAUGCUCUAAAUGACAAUAUUUUUAUUUGGAAUUUGGGAGAAAUGUUGUCAGUUGUUUAUAGAAUAAAACUAAAAUGUUAAUUUCACCCAAACACAUAGCUAUAAAUAGUAAAACCAGAGAAAGUUAUAUUUUUGUAGUGGUCUCUUAAUUUUUUCCAGAGCUGUGUGUGUGUGUGUGUGUGUGUGUGUGUAUGUAUGUGUAUAUAUAUAUAUAAAGAACACUAUUAAAAAAAGUCAAGCAAUUUAAAUGUCAAUAUUAUGACUUUUACAUAAUGCCCUGAUCGUGGAUAAAGUGACCAGUGGCUGAAUAGUUUCUUUGUGACUGUGGGAAGUGGGAACAGUCCAGUUGGUUAGCCAGAAUGGUGUGGGUUGUGGGGUAUCUGCUUCUCAUACAGCAUCAUACUCCACAUACCAAUGCAAAUACCAAACAAACCAACCACACAAAAUACCCUUGAAUGAUUUCCUUUUUGUUAUUACUUUUCAUCCAGGAUGCAUGUGGGCCCAGCUGGAGUUAAAUAUAAUAUUGUAUUCCUAUCCUGUAUUCCCCUCAAGCUCAUUUUAAAUAUACGUUUUAUCGUUGAUGCCUUCAGAAAGACAGAGAUUCCUCUGAGAGUCAGUUAUCUUCUCCUCAUAAAUAUGGACUGAGUGCUGAGUUGCUGACUCUGUAAUGCUGCUGGUUAAUUUCCCUGUUCGACUGACUCACUGACAAUAGGACCCAGAUGUUCCUACAGAUUAGCUGACUAAUCAUGCCUGUACAGUAGCAUGUUUGUGUGGGACGUGAAAAAUCCCACCAGUGGAAUGACUAACUGCAUGGGUGCGUUCCAAAUGACACCUUAUUCCCUAUUUAGUGCACUACUUUUGAACAGGGCCCAUAGAUGGCUGUGUAGUUUAGGUCAUGUCGAAGCUACUAUUAAGUCAAGCCUGCCAUCAAGGCCAGCUCACUACUGUUUAUAGAAGUUUCUGUGGGACACACCGUAAAGUGGCCAGACCUCUCCCAGUAUGCACAUCAUGUUCUGGUCAAAAGCAAAGCUGAUAAACUGCCUAAAAACACAACCAUUAAAUUACCAUUAAAGUUAUGCUUUUCCAUAACCCUUGUAUUGGGUGACUUUUUAGUAUCUUGUACUUUAACGGUAAAUUAUCUCUGGGUUCUGGAAAAGUGCUUUAUAAAUUCAGUGUGUACUUUUUUUAUUACAGUAUAACAGUGUUAUUGCAUACUAACUCUCCCCUCCCUCCAGCCACCUCUUCAGCCACAAGAUGGACGCCCGGUACCCUGACACGGUGGCUGUAUCCUAUGACCCUGCAAGCCGCUGGCUGUCCUGUGUCUACAACGACCACAGCCUGUACGUGUGGGACGUACGGGACCUCCGCAAAGUGGGCAAGGUCUAUUCCGCCCUCUACCACUCGGCCUGCGUGUGGAGCGUUGAGGUAAGGUCAGGGAGGGAGGCAUUACAAAGCCUUUAUCAGGGCAUUCUGAAACCUUGUUGAGUGUACGUGUAUUCUAUCACUCCUUGCUCCUUGUAUAGAGAGGGUCAUUUUACAUGUAGAAAAUCAACAAGAUACCUGUUGCACACUGUUGAAUGAUGCUCUCAUUUAUGUUGUUGUGUGCAGCAGAGCAUUCAACAGUGUCCGGGUAUCUUUUUCUGUUCUAUGAUGCCAUUUUUCAACCCUGCAGCUGGAAUGUGCGUACACUAGUUUAGAACUGUUUCAUGUCCUCUGAAACUUUUUAGGUGUACCCAAAAUGUAUAUGUGUGAAUGUUUACAUAAUCUAUUCUAGACGUCAGGUCUACUAAUGUUUCAUGUUCUGUGUACCUGUACAGGUGUACCCAGACAGGACAAGUGAUGGUGAGCAGCCCUGUCUGCCUCCAGGCUCCUUCCUUAGCUGUUCCUCAGACAACACCAUCCGGCUCUGGAACACUGAUGUUCACAGCACCACCCUCAGCCGCAACGUCAUCAGCAACGUACGUCUGUCUCUCACACACCCUAUAAUCUGUCUCUCACACACCCUAUAACUCCUUCUGUUAUCUCACUAUCUUCUACCCCUCUAACCGUAACCCCACCCUCCUCAACUGCAACGUAUGUCUCACACACACACUCCUGUCUAACUAAAUAACUCCUGAUCUCAAUAUGAAUGGCUGCUGAUUGAGUUCUGAUAGAAAGUUCUACUCAAGGAGGACAGGAACCUAUGACUCCAGAGUUAUACCUUGAGAGGGGGACACUGACUCUGAAGCACACACAACCACCUUAUAGAGAUCGAUUGAUGCUGAAUCUACAGUGUAUGGUUUUCUCAGCUAAACCCCCCCCCCCCCCCCCUCCCCCCUUCUCUCUCUCUCCAGGACCUCCAGAAGAUAAUCUACAUGGACAACAACACGGCCGGCCUGCUGGACACAGAGUGCCUCAACUCUGGGAACGGAGAGAAGGCCGACCCCCAGACCUCGGAGACCAGGACGGGCAUCAGGACGAUAUGUGUGAGCCCCGACGGGCAGCACCUGGCGUCAGGCGACCGCACCGGCACCUUGAGGUACUGUUGGAGAAAGAUAAUGGUUUGUUCGCACACCUGCAGUUCCAAGUCUAUGGAAGAAACUAUAGUAGAAUAAGAAACUCUAGCACAUUGGUAUUCUUGAUUACUCUACAAACAAUUGAAAGGAUCUUGUUUAAUCAAUCAAUGUUUGGGUUAGUAGACCUUCAUCUGGGUAAACCCUGAGGUACAGUACCACUCCCAUGCCGUCCCAGAGGGAGCCUUGUUUUUAAUCUCCACCCCUCAGGCCUCAGCACCACUGUCCUAAUUAAAUUCCCUUAAUUAGACUCCUGGGAGGGUGUUUGUGCGUGAGGUGUGCGUGUGUUCAGAGCUGUGUGUGUUUGUUAAAUUGGGGUUAGAGGAGGUUAGUCCAUUCAAGCAGCAGCCCCUGAAUGCAUCUUUCCACAUAACUGGAUGGAUGGAUGGAUGGAUGGAUGGAUGGAUGGAUGGAUGGAUGGAUGGAUGGAUGGAUGGAUGGAUGGAUGGAUGGAUGGAUGGAUGCACCAUGGCUAGAUCACUGCUGACCCGGAUAACACCAAGGCUACUUGUUGUAAAUUAGAUUGUCACACAAAACUAAAUGAUGGCAGUCUACUCUGCAUUCUACUGCGGCCCAGUGGUGUCUCUGUGUAGAGAGACUCAACUGUGCUGUAAACCAUAUGUAGUCCUCGCAAAAAAGUAGUAUUUGAUGUGUUAAGGGAACACAGCGGGACUAAUAAAGUACUAUUCUAUUCUAAUUGCUGUUGCAGGAUCCAUGAGCUGAAGAGCAUGGAGGAGAUUCUGAACGUUCAGGCCCACGACUCGGAGAUCCUGUGUCUGGAAUACUCCAAGCCUGAGACGGGUAAGUCAGACAGUGGCUUCCCCUCUCCUGGGAGGAAAUUAAAGAGACACCAUGGUUAAUGAAACUACUGGAGGUAUAAACCACCUUCAGCUGCUUGCCAGAUCCUUCACCAACCUCACGUUGACUUGUGAAACAAACCACUUCAGAGCUCCGGCAAGUUAUAAGAAGGCUGGGUUGCGCUCAAAUCUGUAAAUUAUUGUAUAAGCCAGCUUCAUAGGAAUUAACUUUCCCAAUGAACACAAUAAAACCAAAGGCUCUAAAUAGCAAUUUAUGCAAUAGAAUGGGACUCUCAAAGCACUCUAGAAGUUCGUUAUUUUUGUAAUGCCAUUUUCUUUUUAGGGGUGGAUCAACUUUAAUAUUACAGAUAGAUUGUGGCUUCUAUCAAUGUAAUUGUCUGCAUCAUUUCCAAUCCCCCAUAUGUUAUAUAUAUAUUUUCCUUUAUUAUUUUUCCCUAACCCUACCUACCACCCCUCCCGUAAUUGGAGUAAACUAAUGGACAACAACGCUUAGGCUUCUACUUCCAGCUUAUACAUACUAUAUACAUUUUACGGACAAAGUAUAUUUUAACAUUAGUUAUCUUUUGUUUGUUUUUAGUCCCAUCCUUCAGCUACCCUCAACCCCUCCCAUCUAUCUCUCAACUGUGCUAUGAUGUUUCACAAAAGUUCUGAACCUAAACUCAGCAAAAAAAGAAACGUCCUCUCACUGUCAACUGCGUUUAUGUUCAGCAAACUUAACGUGUAAAUAUGUGUAUGAACAUAACAAGAUUCAACAACUGAGACAUAAACUGAACAAGUUCCACAGACAUGUGACUAACAGAAAUUGAAUAAUGUGUCCCUGAACAAAGGGGGGGGGGGUCAAAAUCAAAAGUAAAAGUCAGUAUCUGGUGUGGCCACCAGCUGCAUCAAGUACUGCAGUGCAACUCCUCCUCAUGGACUGCACCAGAUUUGCCAGUUCUUGCUGUGAGAUGUUACCCCACUCUUCCACCAAGGCACCUGCAAGUUCCCGGACAUUUCUGGGGGGAAUGGCCCUAGCCAUCACCCUCCGAUCCAACAGGUCCCAGACGUGCUCAAUGGGAUUGAGAUCCGAGCUCUUCGCUGGCCAUGGCAGAACACUGACAUUCCUGUCUUGCAGGAAUUCACGCACAGAACGAGCAGUAUGGCUGGUGGCAUUGUCAUGCUGGAGGGUCAUGUCAGGAUGAGCCUGCAGGAAGGGUACCACAUGAGGGAGGAGGAUGUCUUCCCUGUAAUGCGCAGCGUUGAGAUUGCCUGCAAUGACGACAAGCUCAGUCCGAUGAUGCUGUGACACACUGCCCCAGACCAUGACGGACCCUCCACCUCCAAAUCGAUCCCGCUCCAGAGUACAGGCCUCGGUGUAACGCUCAUUCCUUCGAUGAUAAACGCGAAUCCGACCAUCACCCCUGGUGAGACAAAACCGUGACUCGUCAGUGAAGAGCACUUUUUGCCAGUCCUGUCUGGUCCAGCGAUGGUGGGUUUGUGUGCAUAGGUGACUUUGUUGCCUGUGAUGUCUGGUGAGGACCUGCCUUACAACAGGCCUACAAGCCCUCAGUCCAGCCUCUCUCAGCCUAUUGCGGACAGUCUGAGCACUGAUGAAGGGAUUGUGCAUUCCUGGUGUAAAUCAGGCAGUUGUUGCCAUCCUGUACCUUUCCCGCAGGUGUGAUGUUCGGAUGUACCGAUCCUGUGCAGGUGUUGUUACACGUGGUCUGCCACUGCGAGGAAGAUCAGCUCUCCGUCCUGUCUCCCUGUAGCGCUGUCUCUAGGCGUCUCACAGUACGGACAUUGCAAUUUAUUGCCCUGGCCACAUCUGCAGUCCUCAUGCCUCCUUGCAGCAUGCCUAAGGCACGUUCACGCAGAUGAGCAGGAACCCUGGGCAUCUUUCUUUUGGUGUUUUUCAGAGUCAGUAGAAAGGCCUCUUUAGUGUCCUAAGUUUUCAUAACUGUGACCUUAAUUGCCUACCGUCUGUAAGCUGUUAGUGUCUUAACGACCGUUCCACAGGUGCAUGUUCAUUAAUUGUUUAUGGUUCAUUGAACAAGCAUGGGAAACAAUGUUUAAACCCUUUACAAUGAAGAUCUGUGAAGUUAAAGUAAAAAUCCAAAUAUCUUUGACAGGGUCCUGAAAAAGGGACGUUUCUUUUUUUGCUGAGUUUACAGUUUACGUCGUAAGUUUACAUACACUUAGGUUGGAGUCAUUACAACUCGUUUUUCAACCACUCCAGAAAUGUCUUGUUAACAAACUAUAGUUUUGGCAAGUCGGUUAGGACAUCUACUUUGUGCAUGACAUAAGUAAUUUUUCCAACAAUUGUUUACAGACAGAUUAUUUCACUUAUAAUUCACUGUAUCACAAUUGCAGUUGGUCAGAGGUUUACAUACACUAAGUUGACUGUGCCUUUAAACAGCUUGGAAAAUUUCAGAAAAUGAUGUCAUGGCUUUAGAAGCUUCUGAUAGGCUAAUUGACAUCAUUUGGGUCAAUUGGAGGUGUACCUGUGGAUGUAUUUCAAGGCCUACCUUCAAACUCAGUGCCUCUGAUUGACAUCAUGGGAAAAUCAAAAUAAAUCAGCCAAGGCCUCAGAAAAAGAAGUGUAGACCUCCACAAGUCUGGUUCAUCCUUGGGAGCAAUUUCCAAACGCCUGAAGGUACCACUUUCAUCUGUACAAACAAUAGUAUGCAAGUAUAAACCCCAUGGGACCACGCAGCCGUCAUACUGCUCAGGAAGGAGAUGCGUUCUGUCUCCUAGAGAUGAACAUACUUUGGUGCGAAAAGUGCAAAUCAAUCCCAGAACAACAGCAAAGGACCUUGUGAAGAUGCUGGAGGAAACGGGUACAAAAGUAUCUAUAUCCACAUUAAAAUGAGUCCUAUAUCGACGUAACCUGAAAGGCCACUCAGCAAGGAAGAAGCCACUGCUCCAACACCGCCAUAGAAAAGCCAGACUACGGUUUGCAACUGCACAUGGGGACAAAGAUCGUACUUUUUGGAGAAAUGUCCUCUGGUCUGAUGAAACAAAAAUAGAACUGUUUGGCCAUAAUGACCAUUGUUAUGUUUGGAGGAAAAGGGGGACGCUUGCAAGCCGAAGAACACCAUCCAAUCCGUGAAGCACGGGGUUGCAGCAUCAUGCUGUGUGGGUGCUUUGCUGCAGGAGGGUCUGGUGCACUUCACAAAAUAGACCCAAGUUAAACAAUUUAAAGGCAAUGCUACCAAGUACUAAUUGAGUGUAUGUAAACUUCUGACCCACUGGGAAUGUGAUGAAAUAAAUAAAAAGCUGAAAUAAAUCAUUCUCUCUACUAUUAUUCUAACAUUUCACAUUCUUAAAAUAAAGUGGUGAUCCUAACUGACCUAAGACAGGGCAUUUUUACUAGGAUUAAAUGUCAGGAAUUGUGAAAAACUGAGUUUAAAUGUAUUUGGCUAAGGUGUAUGUAAACUUCCGACUUCAACUGCAUAUACAUUUUAUGGACACAGUAUAUUUUAGAGUUAUUUUUUUAUUCAUUUUUUUACCCUUCAGCUCCCCUCAACCCCUCCCAUCUAUCUCUGAACACCAUCCAAUUAUGAUUAGCAAAAUCAGGAAAAAUGUGGAAAAAUAAUAUUUUUAUCCAUUUUAGAAUAAGGCUGUAACGUAACAAAAUGUGGGAAAGGGAAGGGGUCUGAAUACUUUCCGAAUGCACUGUAGUGCACUACUUUUGACCAGGGCCCAUAAGGUAUCGUAGUGCACUAUAUAGGAAAUAGGGUGCCAUUUGGGAUGCAUCUAGUGGCUCACAUGUUAAUAGGAGUAUUAAUGAUAUUAAGAUUCUCUCAGUGGAUCAUUCCUCUAGGUCAGGGUUCUUCAAUUCCGGUCCUGGAGGGCCGAGACACCUCUGUUUUUCAUCCUCUCAUUCUAAUCAGGGGCUAAUUCAGACCUGGGACACCAGGUGAGUGCAAUUAACUACCAGGUAGAAAUAAAAAACAGAAGUGUUUCGGCCCUCCAGGACCGGAAUUGAAGAACCCUGCUCUAGGUCGUUCGUUGGCGGUUGCCACCACGUACACAGAGGGGAAGAUAGAGGAGCUAAGAAUAAACCCAAUACACUGACACGCCCUCUGGCUGCCGCACUGCACUGCACAUUAACACUUCCAGGGUGCUAAUAUUCAGAGCUGUUACUUACCAUUAUCCUGCAGAACUGCUGUGUUCAGGUAACUUGCCUGCCUACUAUCGUAGAAAUAUAAUUAAGGGACAAAGCCUCCCGCAUACCACCCAUGGGUACACUCGAUAUGCUCAAUACGUUUUAAGUCUAUCGCUUGCCCUUGCUGUUGUAUCUUGCUGGAAUCAAGGUUAACACAGUCACAAAGCUGCCAGAUCCAGGAUCGAUGUUCAAUCUCAGCAAGGAGAGGAUAAGCAAAGUAGAUAGUGCUUUUCAUUUACUGAGAUUAAUCAGGUUGGAAAUGAAAUCAUGUCCCUCUGGAGAGUGCUUUAAAUCCAUUUUUGAUUGACAAUUCACAUGGAUAUUGAGUCCAGUUAUCUCAAUGGCUAUUAGGCUAAUAGGAUUCCAUUGGGGCUUUAAUCAAGUUUGUUGACCAUGUGCAGUCACUCCACAUAAGCACGGUAAGAUGUUGCGGUGAAUAUCCUUGCAAUUGCAAAUAGCUGUAGACUCAUCUAUAAAUAAAUUGAUAAAAUAUUUAGAAAUCAGUUUAAUCUAGUUUUCCGCUAUGAUUUUGAUGAGAAAUAUUGCUCGACCUAGCUGAGGAUAUUUUCAUAUACAGUAUAUCCCUCUAUGCAGGCGAUCCCUAUAUGGCUCAUGCUUGGUCUACCGUAGUACUGGUCUCAUUUCUCAGUGAGCCUCUAAGGAAAAGGAGAGUUUUGCACUGCUGUGUCCUCUCAUUAAGAGAGUACUGUUAACAGGGAUACAGGUGGUGCAGAUGUAGGAUCUUAAUUUGAUCACCCUGUUGCAGGAGUCUCCCACAUGCCUUUUGGUGAACAUCAAACGUGUUUGCUUAUUUUUUUCUUGAAGCAAUGGCUUUUUUUCUGCCCACUCUUCCGUAAAGCCCAGCUCUGUGGAGUGUACUGCUUAAAGUGGUCCUAUGGAAGAUACUCCAAUCUCCGCUGUGGAGCUUUCCAGCUCCUUCAAGGUUAUCUUUGGUCUCUUUGUUGCCUUUCUUAUUAAUGCCCUCCUUGCCUGGUCAGUGAGUUUUGGUGGGCGGCCCUCUCUUGGCAGGUUUGUUGUGGUGCCAUAUUCUUUCCAUUUUUUAAUAAUGGAUGUAAUGGUGCUCCGUGGGAUGUUCAAAGUUUCUGAUAUUUUUUUAUAACCCAACCCUGAUCUGUACUUCUCUUUUUCAACUUUGUCCCUGACCUGUUUGGAGAGCUCGCUUGGUAGUGCCCCUUGCUUAGUGGUGUUGCAGACUCUGGGGCCUUUCAGAACAGGUGUAUGUAUAUAUACUGAGAUCAUGUGACAGAUCAUGUGACACUUAGAUUGCACACAGGUGGACUUUAUUUAACUAAUUAUGUGACUCCUAAAUAAGAUCUGUGACUUAAACCAGAUCUUAUUUAGGGGCUUCAUAGCAAAGGUGGUGAAUACAUAUGCACGCACCACUUUUCCGUAAUACAUUUUUUUGCAUUUUUUGAAACAAGUUAUUUUUUUAAUUUCACCUCACCAAUUUGGACUAUUUUGUGUGUGUCCAUUACAUGAAAUCCAAAUAAAAAUCAAUUUAAAUUACAGGUUGUAAUGCAACAAAAUAGGAAAAACGCCAACGGGAUGAAUACUUUUGCAAGGCACUGUAUUUGAGGUUUAAAAAGGCUUCUGAAGUUUGUAAGUUUGUAAUGUCCAUUAAUUAUAAUCCACUUAAUCCAAAUGUCCUGUUGCUACAGGAUUGUUUUCCUGCUGUAGCAAACUGGCUCAAAUUAAGAUCCUACAUCUGUAGCAACUAGCACGCUUUAAGAGGUUACAGUGAGUCCACAUGUGGCUUUGCUAUAUCAGGGAGCAGUCUGUGGAGCACAUGUUCACCAGAGUACCACUGUGCUCAACAGGAUGCAUUAUGGCUGUUAAAAACAUGAAAGGCCACUCACUGUAAUGAAACAGGUUUACCACCACUAAGAUGGAGAACAGGUGUUGGCUGUUGGAAAGUUGCUGAUGUCCUGCUGUGUGUGUGUUAUAUCUGGCAGGGCUGAAGCUGCUAGCCACAGCGAGUCGAGACCGUCUGAUCCAUGUGCUGGAUGCAGAGCAGGAGUACAGCCUGCUGCAGACGCUGGAUGAACACUCCUCCUCCAUCACCGCUGUCCGAUUCGCUGGUGAGACUCGCAGACGACCUUUGACCCUUUACAACACCCCUCCAACUACUCCCCUUUACCUCAAACUCUCAAGUCUCACUCCCUUGACAGUUAUAUUAGUUAUGUAACUUAGACCUUUGGCGUCCAAAGGUGUCAAGUAUGGCACUAGCUCGCUGUUUAAAGUUAACAUGGUUAUUAUUCCCAUAGUAACAGUGCUUCUUCUCUUUCAGCCAAUGACGGCAAGGUGAGGAUGAUCAGCUGUGGCGCUGAUAAGAGCAUCUACUUCCGCACAGCGCAGAAGGUAAAGGCCGCUAUACGCACACACACACACACACACACACACACACAAUGACGCUGCUCCAGAACAGCUGGUGCUGCGGCUUAACUAGGUUUGGAGGGCUAAUGCUUUUGUAGCACGUUUUGGCAAUAUUUCAUGAUCUUCUUCUCUCAGCAUAUUUCGGCAAUGGACCACAUUCUUAACUAUGGCUUAGCCAACCCAUCUAUGGAGAUAUUUCAUUUGAAGAACCUUGUUGCUUACAGCUAAUUAAUUAAACUCCAAGUGGCCUAUUUAAUAAUGACACUUUUCCUCAGAGGCUUUCUGUGUCAUCCUAUCUGUUAUAUGCCCAAAGUCCCCCACCAACUUGCUGCUUAAAAAAUACAUAAAAAAUGCUCUCACCCUCCCGUGUACCUCGCCUAUUGCUUAUGAGGAUCACAGUGACAUUUUCACAAGGCUGCUCUACAAACAAAGUCAAAUUCCUGACCCAGGGGGCUCAGAGGGCCCUCAAGACUAGGCUACUAUAAAGGCAUCAGCAUGAUUCAGUUGUGCUGGCACCUAGCAGAAUUCGGCUAGCCGAAACCAACGAGUGUGCUCCCAUACUCCCUUAAAAGACCUUAGCUUGAAAAACGAGAAAACAGCGGCAAUAGUACUGUUUGUCCAUUUUGAGACGCCGUAGCCAGUAUACACUUCUUCAAAAUAGUCGGAAUUAAUUAUUUUAGAAGUUUUUGCCGAAGAGAUCUUAGUCGCGCAAUUUUACAUCUAACUAAGAUGUUCGGUGCAGUAUUUGUGUAUGAAUUUUUUUAAUAACAACAAAGACUAUUGAAGAAUCCCUACUUUUGACCAAUCACCGACGAAGGGGCGUAGACUUCAGCUCCGAACUUCGGCCUGCCUCCAGAAAAAAGUGUCCCCUCGAACAGCAGAAAAAACCCUCACCGAAGUCCAAAACGAACAAAAACGUCACAAAGUUGUCAUAAUAUACAGAGUUUGCACUGGGAUGCAUACAAUGACCCAUUCUAACUAUGUCUGCCAAAACUCUCAUUACUAACUGGAGCAUUUACAGUAGUGUUAAUGAUCUAGCAUGGCAGUGAGUGACUGACCUGUUUUAACCUCUUGUUAUUUUACAUUUACAUUUUAGUCAUUUAGCAGACGCUCUUAUCCAGAGCGACUUACAGUUAGUGAGUGCGUACAUUUCCAUACUGGCCCCCCGUGUUAUCUUAACCUUUCAUACUGGCCCCCCGUGUUAUCUUAACCUCUUGUUUUGUUUACAGUCAGAUGAAGGAACAGUGUUUACUCGCACCCACCACAUCGUACGCAAGACGACGCUGUAUGACAUGGAUAUCGACCCCACCAGGAAGUACGCCGCUAUUGGUUGUCAAGACCGCAGCAUUAGGUGGGGGCCUAGUCUUACCUGUCCUUGCUUGUCUGUCUCUGUUGUUCUCACUGACUUUGUAUGGAUUUGUGUUUGUACGUCAGUGUUGGUGUGUGCGUGCUUCUGUGUAUGCAUGUGUGCGUGUAUAUAUGAGUCUCUCUGUGCACGUGUGUGUGACCUCUGUCCCUCAGUAAUCUGUCAGACUGUGCAGUCAUCCCUCCCUAGCAGGUGGAUUAUCUCUUAACUCAGGUGUUGUAGACACAGGACGGAUGAGAUUAUGGGCCCUGCCCCUGGCUGGUUCAGUCUUUAGCUAUCUGCUGCUACAGACAUGCUGCUGCCCAUGUGCCUGACCUGAGUUUAUCCUACUCAUGCCUUGGUCUGCCUGCACAAGUGUUUCCAUCUUUCACUCACAUACUCCACCUUGUGUCAACGACAAUAACAAUACGCUAUGAAAGUCAGUUAUAAUGGAAAAUUCAAACAUAACGGAGAAAAUUCUAAAGAUCACCUUCAAGUGAUAUUAACAACCACCCUCAAGUUAUAGCGUACUGCUUUAUUUAUCUGUGGGUGUAAAUAGGAGGAAUGUGGCAGAGUAGUACAAUUGUCCAAAAAGGGCUUUCCCUCAGCUGGAGAUAAUUUAAGUCAACUGUAAACACACCUCAUGCUGCUAUGAAAACUAGGACGUCUCACUGCACUUUUAAUGAUAAAUGUAGCUAGUAGAGUUAAAGGGCUUUUGUUUAACAGGCUCUGAUUUGUUCCUUAUGUAACUAAGCAGCAGUGCUUAAGAGUGUGAACCAAUGGUUGACUGGCUUCCCUCAGCCCACACUCUGCCAACUCCUCCCAAGGUUGGCUGGGCCCUGGCAGGGCCUUGUGGGUGGUUGUCUGCCAGCUGGUGGCUGCUGGUCUCUCCUUCCUGCACUUAGUGGAAAUACACCAGUUAGGCUGUUAGUGACCCCAUGUGGUCAGCUGGGGAGAGCCAUGCUUACCAGCUGAGCUGCUGUGCUGUUAGCACACAAUGUGGCACAGAGUUCGCUGACUCAUGAGCACAGUCACGUGUUUCCUUGAACUUCCUAGGUCAGAUGACUCAGUCCCUUGAUCUGAAAGUCUCUGGGUCUUAACUUUAACUGCUGAGGCAGGAUGUCAAUGGAUAGACGUGUCUGACUUUGAGUUAUCGACUUUGAGGUAUCGACUUAUCGUCCUCCAUUGUCCUUGUGUAGAGACUCGCUGACAGUGGAUAAAACAGAAGAUUGAUAAACCCACUGGUGCUUAAACAGCAGAACUGUCUUUGUGAUUUACUCCUGAAGUAUUGAGCUGUUGGUGUGUUUCAUAUCAAAUCAAAUUGUAUUUGUCACAUACACGUGUUUAGCAGAUGUUAUUGCGGGUGUAGCGAAAUGCUUGCGCUUCUAGCUCCGACAGUGCAGUAAUAUCUAACAAGUAAUAUCUAACCAUUUCACAACAUAUACCCAAUACACACAAAUCUAGUAAGGAAUGGAAUUAAAGAAUAUAUACAUAUAUGGACAAGCAAUGACAGAGCGGCAUGGACUAAGAUACAGUAGAAUAUUAUAGAAUAGAAUACAGUAUAUACAUAUGAGAUGAGUAAUGCAAGACUAGUGUUCCAUUUCUUAAAGUGGCCAGUGAUUUCAAUAGGCAGCAGCAGCCUCUAAUGUGCUAGUGAUGGCUAUUUAACAGUCUGAUGGCCUUGAGAUAGAAGCUGUUUUUCAUUCUCUCGGUCCCAGCUUUGAUGUACCUGUACUGACCUCGCCUUCUGGAUGAUAGCGGGGUAAACAGGCAGUGGCUCGGGUUGUUGAUGUCCUUGAUGAUCUUUUUGGCCUUCCUGUGACAUCGGGUGCUGUAGGUGUCUUGGAGGGCGGGUAGUUUGCCCCCGGUAAUGCGUUUGGCAGACCGCACCACCCUCUGGAGAGCCCUGCGGUUGCGGGCGGUGCAGUUGCCGUACCAGACGGAGAUACAGCCCGACAGGAUGCUCUCAAUUGUGCAUCUGUAAAAGUUUGUGAGGGUUUUAGGUGCCAAGACAAAUUUCUUCAGCCUCCUGAGGUUGAAGAGGCUCUGUUGCGCCUUCUUCACCACACUGUCUGCGUGGGUGGACCAUUUCAGUUUCUCAGUGUACGCCAAGGAACUUGAAGCUUUCCACCUUCUCCACUGCAGUCCCGUCGAUGUGGAUAGGGAGGUGCACCCUCUGCUGUUUCCUGAAGUCCACGAUCAUCUCCUUUGUUUUGUUGAUGUUGAGUGAGAGGUUAUUUUCCUGGCACCACACUCCCAGAGCCCUCACCUUCUCCCUGUAGGCGGUCUCGUCAUUGUUCGUAAUCAAGCCUGCUACUGUUGUCGUCUGCAAACUUGAUAAUUGAGUUGGAGGCGUGCAUGGCCACGUGACGUGGCUGGUUUUCCUUUUGUAGUCUGUGAUUGUCUGUAGACCCUGCCACAUACGUCUCAUAUUUUGCCAGUUUAAUUGCCUUGCGGAGUGAGUAGCUACAAUGUUUGUAUUCUGCCAUAUUUUCAGUCACCUUGCCAUGGUUAAAUGCGGUGGUUCGCGCUUUCAGUUUUGCGUGAAUGCUGCCAUCUAUCCACGGUUUCUGGUUGGGGUAGGUUUUAAUAGUCACAGUUGGCACAACAUCACCUGUUGAGAUCUAAACAGGCACACCUGCACUUCUGUGUAUGGAGGUCUCAAGUUUCUAGGCCUGUCUAACUCUUAGUUCCCCUCUUACAGAAUCUUCAACAUCAGUAAUGGCAAACAGAAGAAACUGUACAAGGGCUCCCAAGGAGAGGAUGGCACUGUUAUCAAGGUGGGUGGGUUUGCAUGUUUUCAUGUAUUGUAGUGUUGCUGUGAAGACUCAUUUAACACAGAUAGCUGGUUUAUAAUAAUGUGCACUCUCCAAGUGGUGUUUAAAUCCUUUUUGUAUUUUCCUCGCCUCAGGUUCAAACCGACCCCUCAGGGCUGUAUGUGGCCACCAGCUGCUCAGACAAGAACAUCAGUAUCUUUGACUUCUACUCUGGAGAGUGUGUGGCCACCAUGUUUGGACACUCUGGUAAAAAAAAUAAUUGCCCAUUUAGUUAGAAAAAAGACAGCAAAAUGGCUGAAUGACAACCUGUAGUGUGUUCAGAAGGAGAAACCAGCUGGAACUCCUCUUCAUCGUUCUGUCUCAUACUGUGAAUUCCACAGAUAAAUUCUCCGUCAAAAUGUCCAUAAUUGAAAGUGCCCAGAUUUUUAAAACUCCUUUUCAUUUGUUUGUCUCUUCUCUUUUUCACAGAGGUUGUGACUGGAAUGAAGUUCACCAAUGACUGCAAGCACAUGAUAACUGUGUCUGGUGACAGCUGUAUCUUUGUGUGGCGUCUGGCCCCAGAGCUCACCAUCAGUAUGAGACAGCGUCUCUCGGACCUCAAACAGAACAGCAAGCCAGUUCAGAAGACACCACCUCACAAACCUUGCAAUCUCAGGUAGCGACCGUAUUGGAACACAUCAUUGUAGAACAAGUACCUUGAUUUACAUGACUGAUUCCUGUUUUGUUGUUGCUGUUCUUCUUAUUCCUGUUAGCUCCAAGUGAAGCAAAGGGCCUCGUUGGAGUACCUAGUUAAUUGGAUAACAUGUUUUGUGCUAGCUAAUACCCUUAGAAAGAAAACAUGGUGUUUACAUAACGUGAUCACUUGAGGAGAGACACAUUCUGAAUGACAGUUAAGAGUGAAAAACAACUGUUAAACCUGUGUUCUGUAUUAUUCAUAAGACAGGCUUGUGCUAUGAACGUUGCCCCUUUCAUAGCAUGUUGCAUUAUCAGAGCCAUGCAGCCCCAUUUGACUAUUGUCUCCUAAGAUUACGAGUGCUCUGUUCUCUGUCUGUUCUGUGCAGCACCAGGAGAGAGGUGCACAGCACCCCUCCCAUAGUCACCAUGUCCUCUGACAGCGACAAAGAGGUGGAGGAGGAAUGGAUAGAAGAGGAGGAUGAGGAAGAGAUGAUCUCUCCUUACAUGGUGUCAGGCUGCAGUGCAGGGGAAGAGACAGGUUGGUAUCUCAGAAAUACAAUUGUACACAAACAAUACACUGGGUAUAAAAAAUAGUAUUUUUUUAUUUAACUUGGCAAGUCAAUUAAGAACAAGUUCUGACAUAGGUGAAAGCUAUGAUCCCUUAUUGAUGUCACUUGUUAAAUCCACUUCAAUUAGUGUAGGGGAGGAGACAGGUUAAAUAAGGAUUUUUAAGCCUUGAGACAAUUGAGACAUGGAUUGUGUAUGUGUGCCAUUCAGAGAGAGGGUGAAUGGGCAAGACAAAAGAUUUAAGUGCCUUUGAAUGGGGUAUUGUAGUAGGUGCCAGGUGCACCGGUUUGUGUCAAGAACUGCAACGCUGCUGUGUUUUUCACGCUCAACAGUUUCCUGUGUGUAUCAAGAAUGGGCCACCACCUAAAAAAAAAACAUCCAGCCAACUUGAUACAACUGUGGGAAGCAUUGGAGUCAACAUGGGCCAGCGUCCAUGCCCCGUCGAAUUAAGGCUGUUCUGAGGGGGGGGCGCAACUCAAUAUUAGGAAGGUGUUCCUAAUGUUUGGUAUACUGAGUGUAUAUCUACAGUAUUAAGAAUGUGGUUCUUCGUGGCAAUGUUGAUGGCAGCACACAUCCUGAAAUAUCGGUUGGUUUUGUGUUUGUUUUCUAGACACCUCAGAUGAAAAGCACAACUCUCUCAACUCUCACGGCAGAGAACUGAAAAGGGUUAGUAUUUAUUGUAACAGUCAGUGAAUAUUCUCCUUAUUUUCCCAGUAACACAGUCAGUGAAUAUUCUCCUGAUAACUAUUAACUGAACCCUUGUCUGUCUGUGUCUCUAUAGGAGAGCUCUUUUGGCAGGCGUUCCUCCCAGGGCAGUCAUCACUCUGAGGAAAGGGUUCCCCGUCCGCGGCGCCGGUGGUCCAGAGGCAUGGGCAGCAUGGAGCUGAUGGUCAAGUCCAUGUUGGACCUCAGACAGCUGGAUUCCUUCGCCAUGCCCCCCUCCUCCCCCACCAAGACCAAGAACCAACCUGAUGCUGACUCUUUCAGAGACCCAUUCAGGGAAGACGAGCUGGGCAGUACCAUCAGCCUGCAACCCCUUACUGCAUGGGUGAGUGGAUCACAGAGGAGAGAGAGGGAAAUAUUCAACCACUUGUGGAAGUGAAGUGGGACUUCAAAAAGGCUUCUUUGUCUUUGUCCCAAAUGGCACCCUAAUCCCCAUAUAGUGCACUACUUUUGACCAGGGCCCAUAGGAACCCUUAUAGGUAGAAUAAAGUAUACUUUAUUAUUCAAACCGUCAGAACUCAUACUAAUAUGCCUCUUGUCUGUUUGCGUCUCUGUUUGCUCCUUGCAGGGGGAUGAGUCUGAGCAGAGGUCCCAGCAGCGACCCCACUACAUCAUGCUCUCUCCACAGACCCCAGAGACUGAGACAGGCUCAGUGCUCUACCCCGAGGGCUGUGAGGACAGGGUCAGCUUAGCUGGCAGGUAAACUCUCGCCAUUAGUGUGUCUCAUUUUCUCCUCACUGUAUAUUGCCCAAAAUACACUAUGUAGUUUGGGCCUUUAGUUUUCCCUGACCAAGUGCCUCUGACCUGAAAACACUCCUGGGGUUGUAUUUAUAAAGCAUCCCAAAGUAUACUGAACAAAAAUAUGAACGCAACAUGUAAAGUGUUGGUCCCAUGUUUCAUGAGCUGAAAUAAAAGAUGUAUCUAUGUCCACCAGAGCUGUUGCCAGAGAAUUGAAUGUUAAUUUCUCUACCAUAAGCCGCCUUCAACGUCGUUUAAGAGAAUUUGGCAGUUUGUCCAACCGGCCUCACAACCGCAGACCAAUGUAUAACCAUGCCAGCCCGGGAUCUCCACAUCCGGCUUCUUCACCUGCGGGAUCGUCUGAGGCCAGCUUUCCGGACAGCAGAUGAAACUGAGGCGUAUUUCUGUCUGUAAUAAAGCCUUUUUGUGGGGAAAAACUAAUUCUGAUUGGCUUGGCCUGGCUCCCAGUCAUGUGAAAUCCAUAGAUUAGGGCCUAAUUUAUUUAUUUCAAUUAACUGAUUUCCUUAUAUGAACUGUAACUCAGUAAAAUUGUUGCAUGUUGCGUUUUAUAUUUUUGUUCAGUAUAGUUCUGAUCUAGGGUCAGUUUUGCCUUUUGGGUUAUAACGCAAAGACCAGGGAGACCUUAUCCUAGAUCAGCACACCUAAUCUGAGACACUUUAUGAAUACCAGCCCUGGCCCCUACAUAUCAGAUACCGUAGUCCAUAUAUACAGUAUAUAUACCAUCUAGUCUGGCUGGGCUCCCGAGUGGCGCAACGGUCUAAGGCACUGCAUCUCAGUGCUUGAGGCGUCACUACAGACCCCCUGGUACGAUUCCAGGCUGUAUCACAACCGGCUGUGAUUGGGAGUCCCAUAGGGCGGUGCACAAUUGGCCCAGCGUCGUCCGGGUUUGGCCGGUGUAGGCCGUCAUUGUAAAUAAUAAUUUGUUCUUAACUGACUUGCGUAGUUAAAUAAAGGUUAAAUACAAUCUUUUUAAAUAGUGGAUAUAUGGAUUGGGACUAUCUGUGUGUUUCUUCUGUAGUGAGUACCUAGUGAAAGAGCUACUGCCCGGGUCUGGGGCCAACAGGAGUGUGAAGGGGUACCAGAACCACAACCAGUGGAGCCAGGGCCACCAUGACAAACACAGCCCAGACAGCGCCUGUUCUGUGGACUACUCCAGCAGCAGACGGUCCAGCCCAGACAGUCAGCAGCAGCCGCCUGGAGAGGGUGAGACACACGCAAACACAGAGGUGUAGGAUAUUAACUUGACCUAUAUUGUCACUGCAAAAUAUUCCUGCAGCAACAGGAUUUGAUGUUUAGUCCACAAUGUUGCUUGAUCGGUGGUUAGGCUAUUAGCUGGCCAAAAGUAGGCCACAUGAAAAGUGCAAUACUGUAAUAUAAGUGUUAGUGUGGGUUUUCAGUGAAAUAAUGUAAAUCACAAAGUCAUCUGCAUUUCCUGGAUAAGUACAACAAACCAUUUUUUUCACCAAUCAAGAUUCAAACAGAUGUCUUUUUUUUUUAACAACUCCGGAUAUCUGUGUGUUUUCUGUGUUGUGUGAGUACAGGUUAAGUUCUACCAGGAAAAAUAAAGUUCUUCAAAUCUAUUUUCUCUGUGUCAGACUCUGAGCCCACAGAGCCUCUCAGUGUGGAUGGGAACUCCUCUGAAUUGGACAUGGAGGAACUGGAGGAGGAAGAGGAGGGGGGCGUAGGGAGGGGAGAGGCCAAGGGGACAACAGUAGUACCUCAGACCCCUGAUCAGGAGGCCUUCCUCAAACAGCACUUUGGCAACCUGGCUGAGCUUAAAAACCCAGGUAAGAACAGCAUAUAUGUCCCAGUUAUCUCUCCUUGACUGGUAUAAGACAUUUGGUGGAAACUCCCACUAGCCCAUUCCUCCACCAAUUCAAUGCUUUUAGAUUUGUGGGAGGUAGUGCACGAGUGCACACUGCAGGAGAAUAUAUAUAUUAUUGGGAUGCACCCACAGAGAUCCAAGAAAGCUUCCCUUUCAACUGGCACAUGGAAUAUUCAAUUCAAACUUUAUUUACCGCACAGGGAAAUUCAUUGUGCAGCCAGGAGUGCAUUAGACACAAUACUAUACACAUAAAGACACACACAAGGUAAUAGUAAAAAUAUUUCAGAUGUAUUCAUUGUAUUUCUCCUCUUUGAUUGUCAGUGAGCCCGACCAGAGUUGUCACCCCUGACAGUGUCAGCAUCUCCUCCAAGUUCCUGUCCCAAUGCUCUGCUGGAAGGUAUGCCAUACCUACACUACAAAGUAUGUGGACACCUGCUCGUCGAACAUCUCAUUCCAAAAUCAUGGGCAUUAAUAUGGAGUUGGUCCCACCUUUGCUGCUAUAACAGCCUCCACUCUUCUGCGAUGACUUUCCACUAGAUGUUGGAACGUUGCUGCAGGGACCUGUUUCCAUUCAGCCACGAGAAUUAGUGAGGUCGGGCACUGAUGUUGGGCGAUUAAGCCUGGCUCGCAGUCGGCGUUCCAAUUCAUCCCAAAGGUGUUCGAUGUGGUUGAGGUCAGGGCUCUGGGCAGGCCAGUCAAGUUCUUCCACACCGAUCUCAACAAACCAUUUCUAUAUGGACCUCGCUUUGUGCACGGGGGCAUUGUCAUGCUGAAAUAGGAAGGGGCCAUCCCCAAACUGUUGCCACAAAGUUGGAAGCACAGAGUCGUCUAGAAUGUCAUUGUAUGCUAUAGCGUUAAGAUUUCCCUUCACUGGAACUAAGGGGCCUAGCCAGAACCAUGACAAACAGCCCCAGACCAUUACUCCUCCACCAAACUUUACAGUUGGCGCUAUGCAUUGGGGCAGGUAGCGUUCUCCUGGCAUCCGCCAAACCCAGAUUCAUCCGUCGGACUGCCAGAUGGUGAAGUGUGAUUAUCACUCCAGAGAACGCGUUUCCACUGCUCCAGAAUCCAAUGGCGGCGAGCUUUACACCACUCCAGCUGACACUUGGCAUUGUGCAUGGUGAUCUUAGGCUUGUGUGCGGCUGCUCGGCCAUGGAAACCCAUUUCAUGAAGCUCCCAACAAACAGUUAUUGUGCUUCCAGAGGCAGUUUGGAACUCAGUAGUGAGUGUUGCUGAGGACAGACGAUUUGUACGCGCUACACACUUCAGCACUCGGCAGUCCCAUUCUGUGAGCUUGUGUGUCUUAUCACUUCGCGGCUGAGCCGUUGUUGCUCCAAGACGUUUCCACUUCACAAUAACAGCACUUACAGUUGACCGGGACGGGACAGCUCUAGCAGGGCAGAAAUUUGACGAACUGACUUGUUGGAAAGGUGGCAUCCUAUGACAGUGCCACGUUGAAAGUCACUGAGCUCUUCAGUACGGGCCAUUCAACUGCCAAUGUUUGUAUAUGGAGAUUGCAUGGCUGUGUGCUCGAUUUUAUACACAUGGUGUGGCUGAAAUAGCCAAAUCCACUAAUUGGAAGGGGUGUCCACAUACUUUUAGUGUAUCAGUUAGUUGACCAAAGAAAAUUCUGUUAACCCAUACUCAUCUAUCUCAAAAGUGAGCUAUCCUUUUAAAUCUACUGAAUAUGUUGACCAACAGUCCUAACUGAAUGCUCACUGUUUUUCCUUUCUAGCAGGACUGCCUUUCCAUUCCCAUCGAAGAGCGGUGGUGAGGGGAAGGUAGCCAGCGGUGUGGUGAGGCCCCUGGUCUCUGAGGUGAGGCCCCUCAUGGAGCAGAGCCAAGGCCAGAGCCACAACCAGGGCCAGAGCCACAGCCACAACCAGGGCCAGAGCCACAGCCACAACCAGGGCCAGAGCCAAGGCCACAGCCAGGGCCAGAGCCACAGCCAGGGCCAGAGCCAGGGCCAGAGCCAAGGCCAGGGCCACAGCCAGGACCAGAGCCACAGCCAGAGCCACAACCAGGGCCAGAGCCACAACCUGGGCCAGAGCCACAACCAGGGCCAGAGCCACAGCCAGGACCAGAGCCACAGCCAGGACCAGAGCCACAGCCAGAGCCAGAGCCACAACCUGGGCCAGAGCCACAACCUGGGCCAGAGCCACAACCAGGGCCAGAGCCACAGCCAGGACCAGAGCCACAGCCAGAGCCACAGCCAGGACCAGAGCCACAGCCAGGACCAGAGCCACAGCCAGAGCCACAGCCAGGACCAGAGCCACAGCCAGAGCCACAGCCAGGACCAGAGCCACAGCCACAGCCAGGACCAGAGCCAGAGCCACAGCCAGGACCAGAGCCACAGCCAGGGCCACAGCCAAGGCCAGAGCCACGGCCAGAGCCACAGCCAGGACCAGGGCCAGAGCCACAACCAGGGCCAGAGCCACAGCCAGAGCCAGAGGAAGGGCUCAGAAGACUCUCAGAAGGGCACUACCGGGAGAUUAGAAGUAGUGGACACUACCACUACGGAGAAGGGUCUGAAUCUGCGUGCCUCUCCUCUGAGGAAGAAGCUGUUUAACCCUGCAGUGGACUCCCGUAGGAUGGUCAGCCCCGUGGCCAAGGCUGCAGCCUCACACCUCACCUCUACAGGCAUGAGGAAGUCCCAGUCAGUCCAGAACCUGCACACUGAGGGUGAGUGAUCGGAAGUGAUUGUGAUAAUGUCUAGCUAGUGUAUUGAUGUUAUGAUAAUGUAUUACAGGAACAUUUUAUGAUGAUGUAUUGCAGAAAAAUAUUAUGAUUUAAAAAGGUCCUCAUCUUAUAUUCUAUGCAUGGUGUAAAAGGUCAAGCUCUUCCUUGAAUGUCUGAUAAGAGACAGAAAUGUUGUUAACACUGCCCUGGCUUGCAUAGCCUAAUUAUUUACCUUCCUUCUCUGUCUGUCCCUCUCUUGUUACCAGUAGAAAUGCCUCUGACCCUGUCUCGGCCCUCCAAGGAGGUGGCCCCCCAGCCCCAUCACUCCCAGUCUCAUCAACCCCAGGCCAAUGAGCGUCCAGUGACCCUCCCCACCACCCCCCGCCGCACCCUGCCCAGUGUGCCUCCCCUCUGCAGCCCCACCUCCGCACAACCCCGGGACAGCACCAGUACCAGUCACAGCACUGCCACCACACCCAGGAGCCUCAAGUCCCGCUGCUCCUACAUGAGCCCCACCACCAGCUCCAUGGCCAAGAUGUCCCGCUCCGUGUCCAUGGGAGACAGCCUAAACGUGGCUGAGGAAGAGUCUGGGUCUGGGUCUACAGAGUCACGCAGGGGGUCCAGCUUUGACACCUCAAACGCUCCCACCAAGAGUCGGAGCUGCUCCUCCCAGAGUCCUAGUACUAAAUCGUCUACCCCCGUGGCCAUGUUCUCUUCCACCUUAGCCGCCUCCUCCCCUUUGGCGUUGGGUUUAGCCAUGCCCCAUGCUGCAGUUAUCCCCACCCUCAUCAAUAGCUCUCCUAGCAACUCCAACCCCAGCCCAACCACCAAGAGCCUGCAGGCUAAGCUGACGUGCAGCACCCGGCCCCAACUCAACCUGGACAUCUCCAAGCCCCUCCCAGACAAGUCCUCCCUGGCAGUCUUCACUUCCAACAGUACUUCCAAGACCGCCACCUCCUCCAAGACUGUCAAAGAGGACAACAACCUCUCCUCCAGAUCCCCAGUCAGCUUGUUACCUCACCAGGGCCAGACUCAUCCAGUGCUCUCCAACAAAGUCCAGCUAGUCUCUGCACUGUCCCUCUACCCUGCCGAUCCUGUGGGGACUAGCCCAGCUCAGAGUCCUGAGGCCACCUUGAUAGACAACAGACUAGAACAGCCAAAGACGGAGGAGAGCCAGGGCCUGACUCAGGAGGAGAGCCCCGUGAUGGAGGUGUCUCUACAGGGCAGUCCCGUCUACCUGCUGUCAUCUGGAGGACCCGGCCAGGACCGCACAGGUUUGCUCCAACGUUCUCCCUCCUUCCUCCUGUCAUCUCUGCGUCUGGGCCUGCCCCUGGCCAGCACCAAGCACUUCUUUACUACUGGUGCCAUGUGGCCUGCUAUCUCAGUCUCCACCCCUAUGUACUCUACACCUUCACCUUCACCAUGUCCGUGUCCUCCGUCACUUAACCGUUUUCUCCUGAAGGGUGAGGCAUGCUCUCUCUCUCUCUCUCAUGUCCCUCUUUCUUUUUCUCUUUCUCUCCAUCUCUCUCACUUCCCCAUUUCCAUUAAGACUGUUCCCUCUGUGGUCCUCUUGUCUGUCCUUUCCUUCCUUGUGUAAUAGCUAGAACAUAGCCUUGUAUUAACAUACCAACUAUGGGUUGGCCAAUGAAAUAACCUAGCUAUUGUCUGUCUUGCUGUUUUUGUUUUUGACUUGACUAGUUUAUUGUGCUCUAGACUGACACAUAUGAUGAGACUUGCAGUAUGAUGGUUUUAGCAGCGUCAGCCUGACCAUGUAUAACUCCCUUUUUAUUAGACGGUUCUCUCAGUAUGGAGUCGUGCAGGGUGGUGGCCAGCGAGCUACAGAACACCUUUAGGAAGGCCUCCCAGCUCUACAGGAUGGUGAGUCACUCACUCCCCCAAUAAGUAGCCUAUUCACUAAAAGUAUUUGUUUACAUUGGCUACUAUUUUAUUGACCACUAUCUGUCUGUUUUAUUGAAGAGUGGUUUUAUGUCAAGUUUACAUGAAUGUUUUAGAACAUUUCCAUACACAAAUGUUUUGUGGUAAUGUUGGUCAUGUCUGUGUCUUGCAGGUGAACAGUGUGCCUGUAGACUCCAGGCUGGAGCACCAUGAGAUGGCCCAGGUCCUGUCUGAGGCCUUUGAGGUGGUGAGGGCCGAGCUGAGCUCCCUGCCCCAGAGCUCACCACCAUCCCCCUCUGGAGAACCUGCAGCAGGAGGCUCCCUGUGUACAGUGGGCUGCCGGCCUGUAGGACCAGGGACAGGGGGAUCAGCCUCAGGGGAGGAGAGGACUCUGGCUCUGCUGGAGCAGUACUCUGAGCUCCUCCUCAAAGCUGUGGAGAAGAGGCUGGACAACAAGCAGCUCUCCUAG